UGCAGUCUAUCCAAUUGCACGCGAUACUUGGUCUGCGCCGACGAAUAGGCAGUCCUUUCAACAAGGUAGGCGAAGGUAGGCCGUUCGCAGUGCUCGGUUCCGCUGAAAAUUAUAAGCGGUGCUUUUGACUCGUCUGCGUUGCAUCGCCUCUAGCUUUCAAUGUUAUAAUCCUUGCUGCACUGGGGUAAAAGAUUGAAGCGUGGAAUUCGACGGUCAAUCUCCGUAACGGUGAUCCCCAAGAGGAAUCAACAUGACGAAAACAACGCGUUUUUUAUCUUUGUGUUUGCUAUGGAUUGCAAGCUUUGCUGUACAAGGUAAGAAGAAAAUGCUAUAGUUCUACAAAACUUGAAAAAUACUUUUAUGACUGGCAAGAAUCGUGCGAUAGCGACGAAAUUCUGAUAGAAAUUUUCCGCGCCUUCGAUGAAUUAGUUCAUUGAGGUAAAGAUGAACAAAGCAUGACUGUUUUCAUCCGGUGCGUCACACAUUCAUCAUAGUCCCUGGAAGAAUGAUUUAUUGUAGCAUUAAUCUGCUAGUUCAUUAGUAGUUCUUCGUCGGCCUUUGUUGAUUGAAAGUCUUUAUAUCGCUAAUUUAGACUACCUGAAGACGUUUGUCAUAGAUUGGCAAAACAGAGAAUUGUAGUUCAGUGGCACUUGUGCACUCGACAGAACGUCUGUUCACGUGGUCUAGUCUGUUAAAUGUCUUCCUUUUCAUAGUUUACUUGUAAAUAUAUAUGACUUUAUUCUUUGUUGCCUCCUUUUACUUUGGAGUUUUGUGGUUUUUCUAGCUUACUCUAUUAAAAAUUUGUAAACAAUUAAUCAGGCUGUCAGCACGAGUGAGCAAAUGAACAUGUAAGUGCAUUUAUAUAAAAGUAAAUAUUCCUUGAAAGAAACAGACCCGUUAUUUUAGUUUUAUAAUCACUUUUAUCUUAUUUACUGUUGACAUGAAUCUCAAUUUAUGUAUUAGGUGAACUUACUAUGAUUUUUAUGGGAACACAUGCCCGCAGAUACAUUUCACGUCAAAAAUUCGAACCGGUCCUAAGCUAUUUGACCUUUCAUAACUUGGCUUUCUUUCUCCUUUGAUUGACUUUCACUGUUUUGUAGGUAAGCGCCGACCAUGAAAAUACUGAGCAACUGCAGAAAUUCGGUAGUAUGUUUUGUGUAUAUGCAGCGAUGAUAAAUAUAUUAUUGUGAAGAUACGCGCGCCCGCGCGGGCCCGCGGUUUUGAAACGUCACGCAGGCACUAGAAUCUGUCACGCAGGUGAUCAGCAAAGUUUUCACGUUCAUUUUUUUUUUUUUUUUUGUUUCAUCAGAAGACAGUAGUGAUGUGGUAAGUAUAUGAAGAAUGAAACUUAAAAUUCAAACUACUAAAUUGCAUUUUGCAUGGUUAUACUAGAAUUUUUGUGAUCUGUAGCAAUUCUCUACGUUCUUUUGACAGAUUUUGAGCAGGACCAAAAGACAGUCAGAGUGAGUUAACAGCUUUUUUAUUCUAAAUUUAAUUUGCUACCAGUUGUUCUGUAGGCUGCAACACAGUCUGGAAGCCAAGAGAAAAAAUAGUAAGGUCCAAAGAGUGACAAACAUUUCUUCAUCAACACAGAUAAUCACACUUUGAUCCUUUAUCGUAUCUUUUAUUUAUUUUAACGAAAUAUAUAGAAUUGAGUCUUAACUUUUCAUGCAUGUUCUUUCAGAUCAAGGACCUACAGGCUACCGUCUAAUCCUCCUCCACCAGAUAUUUUCACUAAUUCGGUAAGAUGAGAAAUUAAACAAAUGAUAAUUUCCUUAUUAAAUGGACAAAUAUAUGUGCAAAAAUUUCUGACAUAAAUGUGCUAAAAUUAUGAGGUAGCUCUCUUUCCUUUGCAUACAAGAAUGACUCUUGUUUCUUUUGUUCCUUGCAUAUUUGUGUAUUUUAAAAAUUGCAUAUUAAUUGGUGCUCCCGGCUUUAUGACUGCCGGCAUGUGUAUAAGCACAUACUGUUUAUGGAAGAUUGGUGUUGUGGUGAGGUUAUAGAGAAUGUUUGAAGUGGCAGCUCCAGGAAGUGUGCUUUGCAGAAGUGUUGAGGGAUAAAACAAGUGAAGACGGAAAACAUGGAACUAUUUUAAGGAUAGCUUUAUAAUUUAUGGGGGAAGGGGAAAGGAAGAGUCAUUUAAGGCAUGCAAGAAAGCAAAUUAAGUAAUUUAGGUGCACAAUUUCUUCUCUCUCUUAAUGGGAGACACAAUUUUUAGGCUAUUUGAAGAACGAUUCUUCUUAUUAUCUAGAAUUAAUCUUAUAAUAUAUUUUGAUCAUUAACAUCAUAGACUCUUCCCCCAAAAGGCGAACCUGGACUACCAGGAGACCGUGGGAGAUCUGGACCACCUGGAAUACCAGUAAGCCUCUACUGUUAAGUUGUGAAUUUUAGAUGACUGAUUUUUGGAACCUGGAAACACAACAGACGUUUUUAGAUUGCAUGUUUUGUUCUCCCAUUUCAGACAACAAUUAUGUGAAAUGUACGUUCACUUCAUUUCUACCCCAAAAUAAUAUUAUAUCCAUAGGGUUGCAUAGGGCAUCAUAUCUAAUGAACCCCCUUUAAAUGCUGCUCGAUGUAAACUGCUUUUGCAUUCAAAAACCAUGAAUUGUACCAGCAGUCUCUUUGCACAUGGAGUAUCUCUUUUAUUCUGACACAUUCAAUCCCCAGUCAUCUCUUUGCAUCCAGUAGUGGAUCACAGGGUCUGCCCUGCCCAAACGCAAUUAUAUUAGACAAUUUGAGGUUGAACGGGAGAUUGGGUUGUUACCGCUUUUUUCGAUAGCUUUUGCGGGAACUGGGUCAAAAUUUGUUCCCCAAUACAGUUCCAUGGUCAGUCCAAAUACCCCUAGUCUCAAGUGAAAUUAGUUUGAGUAGAAGGUAAUAUAUUUUUUAACACUGCUAUGCAGGGUGAAAAUGGCGAUGCUGGCCCACGUGGACUCGGUGGUAAGCAGGUAAUGAUAUGAAUUAGUUCUUUAUUGUUUUUCUUGUAAUUUUGAAUGCCCAAAUUAGUCACAAAUAAAACCACAGAUAAUCACGCUUUGAUCCUUCAUCUUUAAGGAAAUGUAUAGAAUUAAGUCUUAACUUUUCAUGCAUGUUCUUUCAGAUCAAGGACCUACAGGCUACCGUCUAACCCUCCUCCACCAGAUAUUUUCACCAAUGAAAAUUAGUCACAAAUAUAGCCAUAAGAUAACUCGCUUAAAAUUAGUUUUGAAAAUGGCUAAUCAAAGGGUUUGCAGCGAGCAAAAAUGUAUUUUUGUUUUUACAGGGUAAUCCAGGGACCCAGGGUUCUCAAGGCUCACCUGGACCUCCCGGGAAUGCUGGACCAUCUGGUAUAACUCUUAUAGGGGUAAGUUCAGGCUUUGUACAGGUAAGCAUUGGGUAACAUCGGGUGGAGCACAGCAGGACACCGUCGGGGGUUUCACGGAAAUCAUUUUUCAUAGCCUUACUGGUACAGAACCCUACUUGCCUUUUGGAAUUGCCAGAAAAACUAAUGAACUUACUACACAGUAAAGUUGGACAUACGUUUUUCUUCAUGACAUUAACAUUGGAUGGAGCAGGGCAGGACACCUUAGGAGGUUUCAUGGAAACCGGUCAUUUUUCGUAGCCUUAAUUACUGGUACAGAACCCUACUUACAUGUACCUUUAGGAAUUGAAAAAACUAAUGAACUCCUAAACAGUAAAGUUGGACAGAAGUUUUUUUUCAUGAAAUUUUACUGAAAGGAACAAUCUCACUUCAUGCGAUGUUACCCAAUACUAAUCUACAGUAUUGUAUAAUUGCGUUAUAUGUUUUGUUAAAACUGUUUGGAUUGCAGAUGGAAGACUGGGCUAUUGAGGGGUGAACAUUGGGCAAGUUGGCGGGAAGGGAGCAAGCCAGAGGGAGGUGGUGGUGGUGGUGGUCUUGGGGGGAGGGGUUCAGAAUUUAUUGAAUUUGAUUUACGCUAUUGUUGUAGCAGCAAAACGAGUGUCAAUACUUUUUGAAUAGUGGAUGUUUUUCUUCAGGCACCAUCUGGAACGCUUUUAUCACAAGAUGAGAUAGACCAAAUCUUGCAAAUAUGGACGUCUAUGCAGAGGCAAAUCGUAAGUCCUACAACCAUGAUUGUAAUAAAUGAAGAGACGAUUAUCGCAGUAAAAAGGCAGCUUUAAUAUACAGUUGCGUAAAGAAAGCCUGAAAGCCUCAAAAUAUUUCUUCAUUCCACUGUUAAAACAUAAAAUUCCGAUAUUCAUCAUUUCAAUAUGAUUCUAGUUUGGUAGGUUUGUUAAGUAAGUGAGUAAUCACGUCUAUGAGUGAUGACCUCUUUUGACAGAUUCAUUAUUCAUCCUCCUUAAUUAAUUACUGGCCCUUUAAUAUAGUCUCCUUCAUUCUUUGUCACCUUACAGAACACCUUCAGCGUUACUGAAAAUUAAAGGCUUUUGCUCCCAGAUGCGUAAUCUACCCGCAAAGUUGCCCUAGUUUGGUGUAUACGUGCGUUAUUCUUGAAAAGUUAUGUCCUCUGCUGCGGAGAGCCGCGGGUGCAGAAACUUCCUUUAUACAGAUAUAUUCGGCUGGCUAAUUUAGUUAAGAUUAGAAGUCUCAUAGGACUGUUUAAAAUUUCUAUGUUGUUGUCGAUAUAGGGAACUUAUGGAAGGAAAGGACAAAUCGGGGCCAUUGGACUUAGUGGAGAAAUCGGAGCUCAAGUAGGCAAUGAAUUAAUAUUAUUAAACAAUUGAUUCCAUUUUCCGUGUGUAUGUUCAGAUGUAGAUCACAGGUGACGUCAAAAUGUGGUAGAACAAACUAACGCGGCAAAGGUGCCGCAGAGGAGUGCAUAAGUCACUGAUGUUCUUAUGUCCAGUACAUAAUCAGUUUCCUCCAAAUUGCUAUCCUGGCGUCUUUGUAGUUCUGAAAAAUACGAAAAACUAAUUGUUACGAUGUUUAGAAUUUGUAUUAACAUGUGCUCCUCUGACCGUAGAGAGAUUUGGAUUCACUUUUACGGCAAGCGGCAAACGUAAGAUUCCGUUUGACGCUUUCUCAAAGUAGGAAAUGAGCAGCUAAAAUUCUUAUGGCUGAACUUAAGAUGAAACUGCUUAUUUUUGUGUAGAUACAGUCGAACCUUCAGGUGCGACCACCGCCCGUAAGCGACCGUGACCACAUUUUGGGAUGACUGCCUUAAGGUUGAUUUCCACUGACGCGUUUUUGGCUGCGCACGUUAACGCACGUAAAUUUUUAUUCACGUAAAUAAAACAGAGGGAAGAUAAAAAGUGUAGAGCUUAAACGAGAAGUUAAGCGAGGUUCAAAUUUUACGCUUACGAGCGACCUUUCAUGCAUUGCCUCUAUUUUAUUUGCGAACGUAAAUUUUACGCACGUACGCGCGUAAAAAUUACGCGACACUGGAAAUCAACCCUUGGAACUUUCCAUUGGUUUCAUCUUCUUUUAAGCGACCAAAUAAACCUUAAAUUGAUCUCUAUGCUCGUUGUUUGGACUACACUACUAAGGGAAUGCGAUGUACUUUUAGUUGAAGUCAAACGCCAGUGGUCGUCAUAAACGAACCUAACUUUUUAAAAAGUGAUCUUGAAUUUAUUGCUGCACUUUGCUUAUUUUGGAAUUUGUUUGUUUGCAGGGUCUUCAAGGAGAGCGCGGACCCCGAGGUGCUAAGGGAAUCAAAGGAGAAAUGGUCAGUCGAAUGCUUGGAUUUACAUUGCAGUGGCUUCCAUAGACCCACCGUAAUCAAACAUAACUUAGAAGGCGGAAAUAGUUCUGUUUCUGUCCCCAUGUUGAGCGCGCGAAACACUUCUACGUAAGGCAAACGCAACCGUUUCUAUUUUCGGUCGUGCUAGAGUGCUCUUUUUUAGCUGUUCAUAUACCUGGAAGGUUAACGCUACGUCCUGAUCAUAUUUUUUACAGGGGCCUCUAGGUGACAUAGGACCAACGGGAGACGUAGGAAGGCCCGGGAAGAAUGUGAGUAUUUAAACUUAUUUUAAAAGGUAUCCGGUCACCUCGCCACCAAAAAUACAACUUAGCUUUACUGUAUUUAGAAGUCCCAAGUAUAAGCAACAAAUUAAUGAAAAAAACUUUCAUGAACAGAAAUUUUCUCUUAACAGUUGCUUAAUUAUUGUUAUCAUGCUUCAAAGAAAUCACUGUUGAUUAUGAAACUUCUUUAUCUCUCAAAUGUCAAAGUUUUACUUUCAAUGAACCUAUUACCCAGUAUUUGAAGUAUUAAGAGCAUAGGAAGUUCAACGCAAAGAACUUCAAUUAGGGUCGACAGAUUUGUAUCUGAAUCGACUUCAAAUUAGAAUAAGCUUGAUGAAAAAGUAAAUGUGUCAAUUAUUUCCGAGUUAUUCGUUGGUGGCGAGUCGACUUCUUGGCGGCGAGCGAGAUGACCGUAAAACCAACUUAAUUACCUCGAGUUUACAGAGGCUCAUACCGUCUUUUCGUCUCAGGAAAUUCCUCCGAAUAGGGUUGGUACACACUUUCGUUUUUCGCGUUUGCACUCACUUCGCACAGCGGAACAAUAAUGUCCCACCGCUUUUGUUCACGCUUUUAUGUUCACUUUUUUUUGCCGUCGAUACGCAACCACGACGUGAAACGUCGAAAUUUCACCUUUUUUUGAGGAGAGACAGGAACACAAGACAACGAUUUUCCAAUUCUAAUAUUUCUUAGACUUAGAUACAGUCCUUGAGAAUUCAACUCCAGAAAAUAUCACCAACAUCUGACAAAUUGAACGACAUGAAAUAAGAACGAUGAAUUUUGAAACAGCGCAGACUCACUUUUAAAGAGACAUUUUCGACACCGUAGUUGUCGUCGUCUUUGCUUAAGCUCCCAAAUUCCGCCCUGCUGUUGCCUCUUUAGUAGAAAUCAGGGUCUUGUGUGGAUUUACAACACGAUUUAUUAGUCCGUUCAGCAUAUACUCAGUUUACAACUUUUUGUAUCUCUUGAAAAAACGUAACUCGCCGGUUGACAACAGUAAAACUGGAGUAAAUAUGAGACUUUUUCCAUUCCACCUAGGAAUGGUAACGAAGGGAACAAUAACUUUAAAGAAACCGUCACAUGCAAAAGCGUUUUGCAGAGUAGUACGAGCGUUAAAUGUAUAAAAACUUAAACACUUGGCUUUGUUCAAAACUUUUUGUAUCUCUCAGCAAACGUAAUCCGCCAGUUGACAAUAGUAAAACAGAGUUCAUAGGGAUUUAGUCUAGUCCUCCAUAGCUGUAGGAACAAUAACUUUAAACAAACCGUCAUAUGGAAAGGUUUUUUACAGAGCAGUAGUGGAGUUAAAUGUAUAAAGACUUAAACACUUGGCCUUGUUCAAAACCGCCCUCAACGUCAAUUAGAAAAUCCUCCUCGUCUGAAUUUUGAUUGGAUAGUUCCUUCUCUUGUUGACAUGAAAGGGAGUCGAACCACUGCAUUUCUUUGGGGAAAUUUCUCUCCCACAAAAUUUCAGUUGAGCUUGCAGAAUUUUGAUAAUGGCUUUCCAUGAAGCUAUCAAGAAACAUGGUCCCUGUCUUGGUUUUGUCCGCUAACUGUACCGUCUCCGAUUGUGGUUUAUCAAAACGUUGCUUCUCUUGAAUUUCUUCAUCGCUGUUAACUGUAUGUGUUACGUCGCCGAAGUCUCUGCGCAGAGGAGAAUUUUUUCUUGGCAGAGCUUCCAAACGCUCUAACUCGUUGCUCAGCAGCUGAUUCUGAAGACGCAUUUCUUCGAUAUCUACUUGAUACCCAACCAUUUUUUCUUUGGUCGCUCGGAUGUAUUUUGCCGUUUCUCUUAGAAUUCCAGACCUCGAUAAUUUCUUCCCCGAAACCAAAGUCGGCACAGAUUUGCGAAGUGUCUCAAAGCACCCUCGAAUCACUCCUCGUCUUUUCUGUUCCAAAGCGUUAUGAUGCGCUCUUAUACCCGGCGUAUUUCGUGACUUCACAUGAAGCUUUCCUUUCUUUUUUCCAUUAUUACUCUGGUUAUGAGAAGAAAAGUAGAAGUCUAUAGUUUCAGUGCUGCUUGUUGUCUGCAUUAUAGCUGUUUAGCAUGCAGAUCAGAUGUUUGUACACACAUCACUGGCUUGUAAUCACGUGGAGACGAGGAGCGUGCGUUUUGCACGCUUAUACCUGGUGCCCGCUUUGGUUAAUUAUGAUUCCCAAGAGAGCAAAAACGGAGAAGACGACGGCGGCGAAUUCUCGCUGUCUCAAACUUCAUCGCUACUAUUCUACAUAGUUCAACUGGUCAAAUCUUAUUUUGGUGUAUUUUUCUGGAGUUGAAUUCUAACGGACUGUAUCCAAGAUUAGAAAAAAAAAAGACAAUCAUUUCACGUGGUGGCCGUGCAAUGACGUAAGGAAAUGUACAAAAAAGUGUCCUGCACGUGGAGAGUUGUUGUUUUGUUUAUCAGGCAUAUUGUUUUUUUGACCUUCUCGUGCUGUCGCCUUUGCUUAUGCUCGCUUGUUACGGACACCAUCUUCGAUUUGCGUAAAGUUUGGGAUUUCUGCAACCCUUCAACUGUCCUUUUCCGACCAUGCCAAACAGAAGAAAAGCAAGGUAUAAAGGCUCUUUUUAUAUGUUUUAAAAUGUGUUGUGGUUAAUCAAGGUAGGUCGUGCCUUUUACGUCAAAAGUAAAGCAUGCAUAAGGAAGACGAACGUACGAAGAAGGUCAUUUUAAAGUAUUCGCAUUUCGUUUUAAAGGGUUCCAGAGACGAAAAUAAUUUAAAGCGACUCGCGCACUCGGAAGAGCGGGAAUAAAAGCCACAAAAACCGUAAAAGGAAAGAAAAACACAAAAUGCGAAUUUCAUGGCCAAGGGCCCGUUUCUCGAAAGGACCGGUAACUUUUCGGGUCCAAAGGCAAAUUUUUUAAUCAAAACCUUUUGAAUAGUAGCACAGUUCCUAGCUCAUAAACUGCUCAAUUUUGAUUCUUUAACUGAUAGUUUCAUUGUAUUAUUUUCAAAAUUAUUGAAACUUUGAUCUUCAAUGCAAACACGGCAAACAUAAAACAUUUCUUCGGGCCGGAAAAGUUAUCGGGACUUUCGAGAAACGUGCCCCAGAUAUCUUGUAAGUCUCUCAGAUUGCUAGACUAGCACACAAGUUGAGCUCAAAAUUUUUCUUGAGCGCAAAGCUCGCGCUAGAAAUUUUUUGUUUUUGGUGGCAAAGUGAGCGAGAGCCCGGAGCUCUGGGCCUACUAACCGCAACCUGAAACGAGGAGCGAAGGACUUUGAGAAAGUCUAUCAGAUAGACCUUUUUACCGAUACGGCGGCGAUAUUAAAUUAGGUUAACUGUAUAUUUCUCGGGAAAAGGCGGUCAUUAUUACAUCCAAACACGGCACAAGGAUCUUUUUUCCCAUUACAAUCUUAUUCUAAGAAAACUUUAAGAAAAAAUGUCCCGAAAAGCGCUCGAAAAUACAAACGAAAUGUGCUCAUGCACCCUGGGCAUCCUAUAAUACUCCUUAAAUCGAAUUAAUUCAAUAUGGCCGCCGUAUCGGUAAAAAGGUCUAUUGCCUACUGAGGAUACGUUCACAUGGUACCAGUCGAAAACUCGUACGUUUAGGUGUUCCGUUCACGCUAACCGUACGAAUAUUUGAACGCCUAUCCAUUCAAAAAUUUAAACGCAAAAAUCGAGGUUAAAUUUUUGACCGGUUCGGUCGAAAAUUUGAACGGCAAGGUGUGAACACCUUGACCGGCUAAAUCUUUGAACAGGGAAAGGCGCGGUUGCAUGGAUGCGUGGUAACUCAGGUGGGAGACGCCAUUUUGGAUUUUCUUAAGUAGCGCUCUACGCAUGGACAGAUGGUAAAACCUCUAACAGAAGUUAAAAUUCAACCUGGUUCGACAUUUCCGUGUGAACAGCGCGGAAAUAUUUAACGGUUCCGCGUGAACGAAGGGUCGGGUCAAAUUUUUCAAACCAUCAGCAAUUCGACCGGUAGAAAAUCUUGUGUUUAGGUACACGUUCCGUUCACAAGCAAACACCUUAAACGUACUAAAAUUUUAUACGCUUCGCGGUUCAAAGUUCCGUUUGAACAGAGCAAAAAUAUUGAACGGUCUCGCGUGAAAUUCGUGCGAUGCCGUUUGAACGUGGCCGAAGUCGCAAAAUCGAAAACCGAAAUUCUCCGCUUCCCCAACCCUUCCCUCCCAAUGAACAAAAAACUUCCACUUCAGUGAGGAAUACACCUGACCACCUUCUUACAAGGUUCUUGAAUAAUUUUUUGUUAUUAGUAGACUCUACAUGCGGCGUCAGCGUCCUGAGAUGGCAGGCAAACGUCCUUUGAAAUGAAUAAUUCCAUAAACCUUAGGGAAAUGGCAAUCGUUCCAUACCCUUUCCUAUGUUCCGGCAAUCGUUAAAAUUUUCUCCUGUAAACGUUCCCCGCCCGUUUGCAAUUUUCCGGCCUUCAAAAACGUGGCACACACAUAAGUCCCCCUCUCGCUUGCGAGGGCUCGUUAUCUUUGCUGUUUAGUUUUCGAGCAAAUUGACAAUGGUGUUUUACUUAUAUUCUCAGGGUCCCGAAGGCGCUGUUGGAGAGCCGGGCCCUCCAGGGCCUGAGGGAGAGAAGGUAAGGAUUUUUCUUGUCCACAUGUUUUACUAUACAGUCAACUCUCUCUAAAGGUGAUAUUACACGAGACGAUUCGCAACGACGAUUUUAAGCGCAGCGCAACACAGCGUAGCAAUGUUGAAAUAAUGUUACAAACAUUCUAAACAAUGUCGGAACAAUGUUGCGCUAGAAAUCGUCGUUACGAAUCGUCCCGUGUAACACCACCUUAAGACGAACACUCCAUGACUACGACGAGGAACUUGCGGCGUUAUUGUUUUUUGUUAUCGGCAUAAAUUUAUGCCGUGUAUUUGGGUAAAAUACCGGUAUUUUGAACUCAAUUCGAUUGCGUGGCCUAAAAUUACCUUGAAAAUGUUGAACUAAACUGUUCUGCUGCAUAAAGAAUUUGAAAUACUGACUUUACAUAGCAUAUUUUUCUUAUAUCCUCUGCUCUGCAUCACGUCAUAAAAGUUACCUUACAUUACCUUAUGUUACAUCGCUUCGAGAUUCAUUCAGCCUGUAAACUUUCGUGCACGUGUUCGCUCCAAAACAAUGCAUUCUCUCUUCUCCAUUACGUCAUAAAAGUUACCUUACACUACCUUAUGUUACACCUAUGAACGCACAAAGACUUGGAUACACUCCGUAAGAAUUCAGCUCGACGAAAAUUCGCCUACAUUUGACACACUGAGCGAGGCUAAAUAUACGCGUUAAAGUUUGAAAGAACGCAGUGUAAUAAUUUCUUUAAGACUUCUUUCCUUUUGGACUUAUUUCGUCCUAUUUUUAUUAUGUAGGGUGAUCAAGGACCAAGGGGACAGUUUGGAAUGAUGGGCCGUAAAGGGGAAAGGGUAUUUUGUUGUGUUCAUUUACUUUAGCCUAGCUUCCAUGUUAAUCUUUAAUUUUCACUAGCGUUGUCACUUCACUUAGGCUAGCCAAUGACUGACAGCAACCAGUUCCCAGUUAACCCAUUAAUUAAGCCCUAAGAGUGAUCAGCAUCAAGUUUCUCCUUGUAAUACCAAUGCUUUGUAAAACAGAGUGGUCAUGAGAAUUACGGACAUGAUCACACAAGAUAAAUUUGCUUGAUAUUUUAUCAACUUCUCCCCACUACUUCUGUAGGAAAUGAAUAGGGGCAACAAAUGAGAAUUCAAAUUUUGAUCUUAGGGUUUAAAGGGUUAAUCAUCCCACACCCUGCGACUAGAACCUCCUUUUGUCUUCUUGAGUGUGGAGGAGAAAAAGAGGCUCUGCCUGAAUCACGUCAAACCUUUGAGGUCGCCGCAGGCCAAACGUCUGGGCUUGUAAAUCUUGUUUUCUCUCGCCAAACUGUUUUUUUUCGGUGCGAGCUUUCCGUUUAUUGUUAUUCACUGGUCAUAACCGAGCCCGCUGUAGUAAGCGCGCGGCUAUUAGGCUUGUGUUCGAAACUCUGUGUUAGCAACGUGCCGCGCAUGCUCAACAAAGAUCUUACUCAAUUCAUGCUUUGUCUUUCUCGAGUAUGGCAAAAUCGUACAAGCAAAAGAAUGGCUCUGAAAGAUGAACAUCCCAUCACACAGUCUUUUGAAUAGAUUCCCUGUGAUUAGCCGUUUUAGAUGAAGUCUGUUCCCCAUCUCUUUAUUUUUGUUGCUGAAAAGGUGCUUUGAUUUGUUCAUCUGCAGGGGCCCCGAGGCAAGCAGGGAUCCAGGGGACCAUCAGGGUUACAAGGUGAAAAGGUGAUAAGCCAGCGGCUAAUACAAUAACACGUUUACUCUAAAGAAUUAUUGGAUGAGGCUGAGUUUGAUGUGAAGAAUUAUGCAGAUCUAGGAGAUUGUUAUCCACCAAGGAGGUGAGUGAAAGUCUCUGAGGUUUGCAUAAUUCUUCACAGCAUACGAAAGCCGAAUGUAGAAAUUUAGGGAGUUUGCCUUCAUUGGGACCAGUUGUACUGAGAUCAAUGUCCGCUGUAUAAAACGUUUGCAGCUGAAUGUACAUUGAAACUAUUUUAUUUCUCUUUUAAGGGUGAGCAAGGAUCUCCAGGACCUAGCGGCGCUUAUGGUAUUAUGGUAAGCUUGUAUUCAAUUUGAACAUUGGUUAAGAUAGUAAUGAUAACUGAACUGAGGAAAGUAUAGGAUUCACAUUUCAUUUCCCUUUUUAAAUUUAAGUUUGCAGAGAAGUAUGUAAUAGAAGAAUUUUUUUUCAACUCAGUGGGAAAACGGUUACCAUCCAUUCGAUGGUUACUUUCCCACAAGUCGUAGCUGUAGCGAACUCUUACCAAGAACUCUUACCAAGCGCCCACAGGCCGUCCACUGACCACAAGCAGUGAUGGCGCUCUUUGUUGUCAAGUCCCUUUAAUUGCAUCUAAAUGCAAUGAAGUAAAAAGUGACUUUGAACAUUCUGAUUGUAGGUGUUCUUACUCUAAACGUUGUGGCUGUUUUCUAUGGGUUCAUGACCAGUAGGAAUAAAAUGUGUAGGACUACACCAUGAAGCCUAUUAAAUUACUACGCAAAAAAUAUUUGCCUGUCCAUUGCGAAUACAUUGAAAGCAAUUUGGGCUGCUAAAUCUGAAUUACAUAAAGGGGGUGUGAUUUUAAACUACCAUCAGAAAAGAAUGUUUCAACAGAAGCAACAGACAAGGCUGGAAAAAAGAUUUGCUCUCUUUCGCAGAUUACCGCGGCAAUGAACUUGUUAUUUUUGUUAUUGUUCGAAAAUCUGCCAGCAAAAUCGCCGUAAACUUUUGAGCGAUAAUGCGUAAAAAUCCACAUGCAUAUCGCGACAUUCUGUGCGAUUUGUGAUAUGUUCAAUAGGCAAAACUGGGCCUGUUGCUUGAAAGGAAUGUUAAUUUAUUUAGAUUUAUUGAAUAGUAUCUCAAAGAGCCCCUUUAAAAAUUUCCAUUUUAAGCUAAUACUCGGUGCUGACUGUUUUCUUGUUUUGCAGGGUCAACCUGGUAAAACAGGUGCUAGAGGUCCGAUGGGCGAACCUGGUCCAAAGGUACAUGAUUCAAUAACUCAGAUAACCCGCCUCGCGUUGACGAAAAACUCAUUACUUCCUAAAUGGUCGCCAUCUUGGAUUUCACUUGUGGGAUUUAUUUUAAACCUCUUUGAAAUGUUUCUUCAAAUUACUCACUAGAACACGCACAAGGAACCCCCAUUUCCGCGCUAGUCGAUUUUACCUCCAUAUUGGAUGUAACUCUGUUUUGAUAUGCAAAACAAGACCUAACAGGCAAUUGCAAAUGGAUAGGUAAAUCUAUGAAUGAUCAUAAUCAUUUUUUACAAUAUGGUGCUAUGGAAGGGUCACUUGUCAUGAAUAAAAAUAUCUUUCAUAAAAUGCAGGAUCCUCUUUAUAAAGUGAAAUGUGUGUAAAAAUGUAAUAUGUGCGGAAUUUGCAAUGUACUUACGCAUAUUGCUUCUUACAAAACAGGGAAUGAUAGGAGCUCCUGGAACCCCGGGACCACAAGGACCAAAGGUAUGAAGCCUUGAGUAAAAACUACUAAAAUAUGGAGUCAGCGUCACGUGACGGUAGAAAUAUGUGACAUAUGUGGAGAAAAGGUUUGAUAAAAAGGUGAACAAUCAAAACAUACGAUGCAGUAAAAAAUCCACAAGUAAGAACCAAGUUAGGCUAAAAUUUGCUAGUUAGUCCCCGUCUUUACAAGAACCUGUUGAGCUUAAAAUUUGAAACAGGUUCUUAUUUUCUAAAAUCAAUAAAAACAAUCCUGCACACUUGGGCAAAAGGACUGCGAAAUUCAUGUGGCCUGAGUGUUUCAGUUCUUCUUUCAAGAGUCAAUUUUCAGGUAAAUACUUAUUUGGUAUGCAGAUUUUAUAUAAUGUAAGGAAGAAGCUGAAUACCACUAAGUACUCUGGGCUACAAUGUAUUUUCUUCGGAAAAUGAGAAACUAUUUAGGAACCUAAAUAGUCUAAAUUUGUGCUAAUUGCCAUUUAUGUAAGAACCUGUUUAAGCUGACUUAGUGGGCGAACGGUUGUUUUUACUGUAUCGAUAUUUAAAUUGAAUAGAGCACUGCUUAGGAGCGGAAGAUCUUGUAAGUUCUUCUACUCCGUUAUGACUUUACAGUUGCUUGUUUUAACUGUUUCAACAAAACUAACGAUUGAACGAUUGUAAUGUUUCUCUCCGACGAUGAUCGCUUUUAGUUGAGAUCUCUUCGUACCCCUCGAAGUAAAUACAGUUAUGCGUGGGAUGCUCGAUAAGCAGAAGUUUCGCGCUGUUUCUCAAGGCUGGCAAAUAGUUAGGGCGAGAGAGAGUUAUUGAUGUUUCUGCUUUUUUUGUUUUUGUUUUAGGGAGCCGUUGGAUCGCCUGGACGCCAAGGAAUUACAGGCGCGAGAGGGCCACGGGUAAGAGUAUAGCAGGGAAACGAUAUAUGAAUCAUUGGCAAUUAUAUGAUUGGUUCCGCCAAUGACGCGAAUCUUGCGUUGCGAUCGGAGUAUAUUUCUCGCUUUGUCCUGCAAAGAACGGUUUUUUGUUUUGGCCGUAAAACAAAUCUUUUAUUGACCAAGCUUGUUCGGUUGAGAUGGCUGGUUUUGUCUUCCUGUUUAUUUUUCUGUUUUGAUUUUUAAAACCUUUCUUUGACCUUAACAUCGUCUCGGUCCAUUAAAACGACGAAAAAGACCUUGGCCAAUAUCCAGCCAUCGUCACCUCAAGCUCGGUCAGUAACGCAUAUUUUAAAGGAUAUCUAAAGCACUACACCACCGGUUCCCUAUUUUUUCAGUCAUUUAAUCUAUCAUAUAAAUUCUAAAUUAUGGUCUGUUUUGUGUUUUAAGGGUGACCCUGGUUCCGAUGGCCCCGCAGGUGAACCAGGCCCCCAGGUAAGUUAUUCUAGCCUGCCGGUGACUUUAAGUUUACUGGCUCAUCACUUCUGAGACGUUUUUACGAUGGAAUGUAUGGACUUACGAACAGAGGCAGAAGGUGGUUAAAUAGGAAAUGUCUAUGCAACGAGGGCCUGUUUACAUGGAUGUGGGGGACCCCAGUUAGGUGAGGUAACCCAUUUAGGUGGGGUAACCCGCCUGUCCAUUACAUAUAAUCUCUCAUAUGGUCACCCCACCUAACAUGUAAACGCGAUCAAAUUAAUAUGAGAGAUUGUAUGGACAGGCGGGUUACCCCAUCUAAGCGGAGAUCCAUUAUCAUACAUCCGCACGUUGCUGGCAAGAAAUUGACUCACAGUUACGUAUAGAUGUACCUGCAAUGACAUGACAUAAGGUGUGACCCUAAAUAAGAAAGGAGUAAUCCUUCAAUCCACCGGACACGUUUGACUUUUAACGUAAGGUCAGUUCAAGACAGUAUAAUUGUAACCGCGUAUUUUGAAUGUCAGCAACUUUCUAGUAGUCCAAUUAAUUUACAGUUGUGGGCUUAGUUCCUUAGCUUUUGAUUGAGCGUGAGGCUGAGAUUGACCGUCGUUUAUCUUCUGACACUAACUGUACCCCCCUCCCCUAGGGCCUACCAGGUGCUCAAGGACCUCAGGGACUACGUGGAAAUCCAGGAAACCCUGUAAGUACUUUGCACUGCACGAAAUACUUUUUAUGCCACUCGCCUUUGCAUCAGGGCGUGAAGUCGUCUUCUACUUUGGGCUGUCUUUGCCUUUAGUCACAAGUGAUACGACUUUGUCUAGUGUCUAAGGUAGAGCAAAGUUGUCGUCAAAUAUGACACAGUUGUGUAAAGGUACCUUUGAAGUGUGUCAAAUGUAUAAUACUUCUGGUUUCACGCCUAUGCCGCUUUAUCGUGCUUCGAGGCCUCUUGCUAUCAAACUGUCACAUUUUUGACGCCAAUCAAACCUGAUCUAAGGCAACCGUGCGUCUCGUUUCAUGAAUCAGCUCGAAAGGAGGCUCUCUGGGGCUGGGUUCCUGAAAAGCCAAUUAGCGCUAAUCCAGGAUUAAAAUUUUGUUCCGUUUUGUAUUUUACCUUCCUGCGUACUGCUUAGAGUAAAAUUUUGUGUUAUCUGCAUACAUGACAUUUAUCUGCAUACAUGAUGUUUGAUUUUCUGCUUACAGGGUGCACCAGGCCCUGAUGGACCACCUGGAGAAAAAGGAGAGACUGUAAGUUCUUCCCAGUUACCGGCUGACAGGGCGCAAAAACCGCAGAUUGGCUAGAGGAUAAUGACGUAAAUUGGCUUUUUCGCUUAAUUGCGCCUGCGCAAAACCCGAGAAAUUGAAAAUCGAAAGAAAACAUAGCGGCUACGCUAGAGAGAUGCGAUAAACUCUACAAGACUGCUGUUCGAAGAAGAAAAAUUGAUCAGAUAUUGCAAGAAAACUUAGACGACAACAUCUUCACUCUUCGGUUGCUAAAUGCAAAUUGUCUCUAUCAAGAAUAAACUUUAAAUCGAGUCUUUAUCAAAUUAAAAUAUAUCUAGGGGUGUAUUUGUCUGUAUUGUUGUUGUUGUUGUUUUUCAUAAAACUACAUGAAGACUGUUAAUAUGGACAUUCAGCACUUUUUCGUCAUUUGGACCUCUAAACUUUCAUUUCAUGAACGUGAUCAUCCGUUGCAUUGAUGUCUUUUGAUUGGAGUCAUUUGCUUUUUCACAGGGUCCCCCAGGCUCCCAAGGACCCCUCGGACCACAGGGUUACCAGGGUGUUAAGGUACGACAUUUCAUAACUUUACAACACUCUACUCAGUGGCGGUAGUUGUUUUGAGGCGGAGUUGCUUAAGCAGUCAUUUCUGAAGACGUUGUUCUUUGCUUCUCUUUUGUAGGGUGCCACUGGAGCAGAAGGACGAAAAGGGCAGAAGGGAGAAUCUGUACGUUCUGUGUCGUUUUUCUUAAUUAAGACAUUCUUGUGCUCUGUAUUAUGAUGCAGGCUGUAAUUAUGAGUGAUGACUUACGCUAACUCAUGUAGGGUAUCCUCCCCUAAAGCAGCUGACUAUGAAAACGCUACAAGUUUGAAUUAUACAAGAAGUACGACCAGAUCUCUUUAGUGUGAUAAAUAUUCGUUUAUAACCGUGGAGGUGCAUCUUUCUCUUUACUAACAUGUGUGUAAGAUAGAAAAGUAAUCAAGGGCAUGUAUCAUUAAUGUUUUUAUCUUCGUCUACAAUUUAAACGUGUUGACUUUCAUGCUAUACUUUACUAUAAUUUUUCGUCUUCUUUCUUGUGUGUGCUUCCUCUGCGAAUAUUUUGUGAAAAGUGUUGUUUUUGUUUGACAGGGCGAGAGAGGCCCCGAUGGUGCUAAAGGUUUCCCUGGUGCGGCUGGGGAUAAGGUAGUUUUAAGACGUAGACAACAUUGAAAUAAAUAACGUUCUUGAUAAGUGAAAACUACCUAAAUAAGAUUAAUGAUUCCCUAUUCAUAGAAAAAUCCAUUGUUUGCACAUUCUGUCCUUUUCUUGUCAACUGCAGUUUGGUUACCAUGACCUAGGCAGUUAAAAUUUCAUGGGCCGAUAACAUUUUCACUAGCUUUACAACGGCCCGUUUUGACACGCCCGAUUACAUGCUGCUUGCGAUAGGACAGUUUGGUGCUUGUAACAGCAAAGUAAAGCAGCAAACAAAAAUACAAAGAAGCGUUUUGGUAUGGACAAAAUUAUUGUGAUGAUUUAAGUAUGUAAGUUAUUAGUGACUUAUUGUAAUCUGGGUAUGUUUUGUGCAGGGACCGGCUGGCACACCUGGAGAGCGUGGGGUACCUGGAGCGUCAGGAGCUCCGGUAAGUUGAUGGGUUUAACAACGCGGUGGCGACCCUGUAAGUUUCAAGAUUUGUAUGAAUUUUCAACACUUUGUCUGCAAGGUCUUGAAUAUGUCAUUACAAAACGUGAAAUUAAGAAGUUUCACGUCGUAGUUUUGCAUUUGAACGAUGGCAAGGACGUGUGUAAAACAAUUACAGGAGAAAAAAUUCACGGGUACUUUCGGCAGUUUGCUAUCAAGAAGAAGGACAAAAUUAUGCGGAUUAAGAGGUCCUAAAAUUCAUGAGUUGUAAUAUUUCAUCCCUUUUUCUGCAUUUUUCAUUUUCUGAUACAAGGGCGUCAUGGGAUUACAAGGAUCAGCUGGUGCUCCAGGGCCUGUGGGACCAAAGGUAAAAUUGAACGUCUAUAAUGCCUCGUGCUUGUUUUAGAUAGAUGGGCAUUUGUGCCUGAAAAGGAAAACUUCUGUACCGUAAAUUCAAAUGUUUAAAUCAAUCUGUUUAGAAUUUUUUGCAAGCCUCGCUAGUUAGGCUAUCGAAUUCCACGUGGAUCAACAAAUGUUCCUUAACAGUAUUGAUUUUUUUAAUUGUAGAUGGGUGUUUCUCUCCUUGUGGGAGGGGAGGAGGCAAGCGUAUAAAACACAUGCGCAGCUUACCGGUUGUCACUUCUUUUGUUUUCCAAAACACUGGUGAAAAGAACUAGAGAACAUAAUACUACAUGUAGUGUUUGAAUCGUGAAUGAUAUUUUCUAGGGUGUGAUGGGGACGCAAGGAAUUCCUGGCAUGUCUGGCGAAAAAGGUGCUAAGGUAGUGAUUCAUUUUAUGAGUUUUCGAAAAAGUGUUCUUUCGAAAUCCAAACACCUUGAAGUCGGUCUUAAAAAAUCGGCUACGCCUUGUUUUCAAGUCACUUUUCAGUAGUAUGGAGCGUUUUCACUCACUUUGCCAGCAUCUAUGCAAAUUUAUUGGAACAAAAGGAAGCGUUUGCAUAAGAAAAGAGAGUUCAACUCCCACGGGACUGCUUUGGGACACCAACGUGGCCGCCGUUUCAUUGUUUUGGGACACCAAUAUGGCCACCGUGACGUCAUGUGCAAACGCUCUAUAUUGUAUGGUUACUAUAGUUAACCUCACGUAUGUGCCUAUGAAUGAAAGUCGAAAAUGAUUUUGACCAAACAAACUUAACUAAUGUACCCACAAAUGUGCGUACUAUAGUAUUCAAUUCCUCUCUUCAGAUGUGCUAAGAAAACUGUUUAACUUGAUUUAUUUUAAAAUAGGGCAGCGUUGGUCGAACAGGAAGACGAGGGCGUCGUGGCCUAAGGGGUGAUAAGGUUUGACAUUUUUAUGACUUAUCUUUUUACUUUCAGUUGUCUGUUUCUGAGAAUUGAGACAGAACUAGGUACAACUAUUUCCUGCUCACACCGUUGUACCAACCUCCCUCCCCCUUGCGUUUUUUCCCGUGACAGAAUAUUUUGAAGCGAUUAACCUUUAAUUCCUGACAGUGGCCAAAGGCAAGAUACAUGUAAUAAAUAAAAUGCCAAUUUCAAUUUUAAAACUCCUCAGACCCAAAUGGUACCUUGUGAAAGUACUGCCAAAGAGGUUUUCUUUGAAUGCUAACACCGUAGGAUUUCGUGCACAGAUUUAAAAGUUACGGUGACAAGUUCUCGUGCCAUAACUUGGUCCAGGGAUGAAAGGAUUAAGUCCUUAUUACUUAGCUUACAAGAUGAUACACUGUAUGCAGUCGGACCUCCCGUAAGUGACCACCCAAAAUGCGAAGGUUUCGUGGCCGCAGAACAAGCUUUGUGGUGGGGUUCUUCGAGAAGAGUCCCAACACACCUGCUCUUCGAAAGGGAAUCAUUGCGUACGACUUUUUUCAUUUGUGUAGUUUCAUUUCGUCACUAACGUUUCCUCUUAUACUUUUCUUUUCUUUUGUUUGCAGGGUGUACAAGGUCCUGCUGGCGAGAGAGGAGGUCCAGGCGCUAGGGUUAGUAGUAUAAUAGAAAGGUUUAAGGAGCAGACGUUCUUGAGGUCACGAACGCAACGAUCCUUCGGCACAAAAAUGACGAAAUCUGCGUGUGUAGUUUUUUUACGUGAUGAGCCCCGCGGUAGGAUACCUAAACGCUUUUGAUUAUUGCCAAGUCUUGGCUAAACAUUUGAGGAGUUCAAACUUGGAAACUUGGAAACUGCAGUUUUCAACCACAGCUUCACAUUUACAUAAAUAGCAAAUUGUCUAGUACAGAUUAGCCUGUACUGUGUAAUGUUUCCAGGGCUGCCUUAAAAUUUCAAGUUGUAGGGCUAAUGAUACAAGUAGGCGGGGAAUCCAGCAGCUAGGGAUUUUGUGUGGUCCUAUUUUCUUCUGUUUUUCUACAAAAGUAGGCGGGGGUCACGUUCUUAAUAGCCGGGGAAAAUCCCCGGCCUCCGGCUCUUAAUGGCAGCCCUGGGUUUCACGUCGAACGAAAGAAACGUGUUUCGAUGUAAACUUUUCGAGAAGGUUAUGAAGGUUUUAUUAGUGAGUUUUAUUUGAGUGGUUUUAUUAUUGAAAUAUUUUCGUUGCAGGGGCCAAGAGGAACAAAGGGAAGUGCUGGAGUAUCUGGAAAACCCGGAGUACCUGUAAGUUCAUUUUAAAAGAGCAGUGUCAUGAGAAUUUCCUCGAAAUUUUCGUCUAAGCUAGACUUACGAAAGUACACUUUAUUAUUCUCCAGCGGUAUGGCUUUGAACGAUUUUUUCAGGAAGAAAAAGUCAACCUUCACCAAAAUGCCAUGCACAGUCUAUCUAUUGCAUUUGUAUCUUGACAAAGUGACCGUUUAAUAGAGGUGAAGACGAUAAAAAAAGGGAAAGGAUUUUCGGGACUUAAGAAAGCGAGCGCUUAAUUGAGGGUGAACGAUUAAUGCAGGUCCGCUUAAUACUGGUUUGACUGUACGUUAUUUUUUACUUAUUUUAGGGAUUCCAAGGCAAUAGUGGCGUCCCCGGAACCCAAGGUCCACCCGUAAGUAACAGUGUGUUUUUUUUGGCCAGUUGCCCUUGAAGGCCUACGUGUUUAGCUGGCUGUUUUUGUUGGGCGACUUGCUUAACAAUUGUUCGUUCGCCUAUUAAGAGAGUGGUUUUUUGUUGGUAGUAGGAUUAAAUUCCCUUUCGUUUUACUGGCUGUCAUUGGCUAUGGUACUGAACAGGGAAAACGGCAAAUUAUUCUUUGUGGUGUUCAUUAAUAUAUCUAUUAAUCAUCAAUUUUGUAACUUAAAAUGAUCUCGUUUUAGGGUCCUCUCGGACCAAAGGGAAUUGCUGGACCAAUGGGCACCAGAGGAUCUUCAGUAAGUUGAUAAAAAAGGUUUAUCAGCGAAAGUACAAACUGCAAAUGGAAUAGCAGGAAAUAGAUGAUUGUGUAUGUGAGGUGCAAAGGAGAGACGUAAACAAAUAUUGCGAUUGGGAAGAAAUACGGCUGAUAAUCUGUGUGUCCAUUUUUGUCUAGUUUUGCACGUGUAUUUCUGUAGUGUAUGGAACUGUGUAACAAUUAAAGGACUGUUCCCUUGUGGUAUUUUUGGUUAGUGUAAGCCGUCUCCAAAGGCAAAAGACAGAAUCAGUUGAUAAAUAUUUAUAUUGAUUGUCAGUUUUUGCUUUUAUUUAUGUGUAGGGUCCGCCUGGUGAGUCAGGAGAAGCUGGACCAGAUGGAGAGUCUGGACUCCCGGUAUUGUCCAUUGCACUUGCUGUAUUGUAAAGAUCAAGUUUAUGGGCACAGAAUUGAACACUAUUUAUUUUUUCCUUAGCUAAGAAAAUAAACUAUAAUGUAAUUGAAGGACUUAGCAGGCUCAGUGUGCUGGCUUGUCAAAAUGUUUUGCAUUUCAUAAUUUUUAUUUUUUCCUCUGCAUUAUCUUGCUUUCCAGGGUGAUCCUGGUUUUCAAGGUGCCGAGGGUCCGCCCGGACCACAAGGUCCCGUGGUAUGUUAUCUAACUACUUUAACAUCGAAAGUAAAGGCCUUUUUCCCGAGGUUUAGUAUUGUAUUUUUUGACUGUUAUUAACUAUUUAACUUCUAAAAGCGAACAGCUCUUGCUUCUUGCUUCAGUCUUUUUCAUAAUUGUAUGUUUGAGUGCCUUAUUGUUUUUAAUAUAGACAUUUUUGUUUGUGUGUAAUAUUUAACGUAAACUUGAAAAACAAACAAAAAAGUUAUUUUUUUUUAGUCAUAUUUCGACGGUACAUUCUUCACCCUCUCGAAUUCCUGUCUUCCUCAGAGUCCUUCUAUUAAAUUGCCGGCAGUGGAGGCCAUAAAUAUUUUCACUGUUUUACUUACUUCUCUUUCUUAUCAGUCCUUUUUAUUUUUAUUAUUAUUUAAUUCUUUGUUUAUUUGUUUAGGGUGAAGAAGGUCGAAGGGGAGAUGAUGGAGCCAAAGGUGCCCAAGGAAGACAGGUUGGUUUUCAACGGGAAGUUUGUAAUGGAGGGGUCAAUUUGAUAAAGUUGUUAUUACAAGUGUAAAUUACAAGUGUGGCUAUUGUUUUUAGACACUAAAACGACGGGCACGUAUACAUUACACUUGUAAGUUACACUUAUGAAAGUGUUAUUAAAUGGGCCCCUGCUUUGUGCAUUAAUGCUGUCACCUAAAGAAUAGUUUUUCAUGUUGCAUUGGACUUUCUUUAUUCCAAUAAAAGGGCCACAAAUGAGCAAACUCUCUUUCCUUAAGUUAUCUCAGGGUUCGUACAGGUCAUGGAAAACCUGGAAAGUCAUGGAAUUUAAGCAUUUCAUUUUCCAGGCCUGAAAAAUGUGCAAACCUUUGUGUUGUUACUCCGCAGGGUUCGCGAGGAGAGAAGGGCAGUAAAGGCGAGGCUGGAAAGGAUGGUGAAAAGGUGAGUACAUGUGUGGCUUAAGUUGCUGAAGUAUUCGAAAAAUUACAAUUUUUGUAUCUGAUAGUUUUUAUGGAUAAAUUCAUAUUACUCAUUAGUUUUCCUAUAUACUUACAAUUGUGAAUUUGUUCUGCGUUAAUUGCAGGGCCCACCUGGUGACCCUGGCCGAAAUGGCAGGGACGGAGAAAAUGUAAGUGUUCCACUAAGCUCGCAUGGUGUGGUUAAAGUGCUUUUAAUUCUAUGAGAGUUGGCUAAAAUAAAACGUUAAUAAUAGUCUGAAAGGUUCUCUUGUAAAAUGUCAAGAAGGAAUUGUAUCGUGUGGAAGAACGGUCAUAAAAGUUUUUUGUUGUUGUUUUGAAUAGCCAUAUCCAGAAGAAUUCCUCCAUAAUUUCAAAACCAAGAAAAAAAAAAUGUCUAGCUAUCGCAUGCAGGAAAAAAAACAGAUUGCUCUUUGCCACACACUCUCAAUAUAUUUUUCUCCAGCCUUUGCCAGGCUUGCAGAUAGUAGGAUCGUCGCAAAAAAAAAAAACAAGCAGAGCGAAAAUAGGAAGUGCGCGAUCUGGGAAAGGCCUCGUGCGUUUUUCGCAUCACGUUUUACUGCACGAAUGCACGUUACUAUCUUUGAGAGCUUUUGAGGACUUUUCUUUUCCAUUUUUAACAAUACUCACGUCUUUUGCUACAGGGACCACGUGGUUUAGACGGAGCAGUUGGUGACCCAGGAUCACCCGUGAGUAUCACGCCUAGUGUAUCACUUUAGAGCGUUGUCACUUACGUGGCCUGUUGCUAUGCAAAUUUAUUGGAACAAGAGGAAGCUUUUACAUAAGCAAAAGGUUUAAUUCUUAGAGGACUGGCUUGGCACACCAACAUGGAACACCAAUAUGGCGAGGGUGUCGUCAUGUGAAAACGCUAUGCAUUCUCAAUGCACUCAAUGCAGUGCCGGAACUGUGCUGAGGUUUUUUUUACAGUAGUCGUUUCACGUAUAUUUUCAUUUUUAUUUUAGGGAUUACAAGGCCCUCGUGGUGAAGCUGGAUCUCAAGGGAAGAUUGGUAUGAGGGUAAGGUUGUCGUCACUUGUUAACCGUUACAAAGGCCAAAGUAAAGAUUUCAACAAAAAAGAAGAAGAAAAGAAAUUUAAAGCAAAUCUCUUUUCGUAAAAUCCAAAGUUGUAAAUAUUAGCAUGCAAAACGAUACUGAGUUUCGUUUGUUUGACUUACGACCAAAAACUUGAUGUGCUUUUAGCUUCACCUUGGUCGCGUGUUUUAAAAACUUUACACAUAACUGUUACAUUCCGGGCCCGAUAGAAAGAAAACAUAAUUAACUUGUAGCGAACACAAAAGUCAGCCAGAUUUUUCAUUUGAGUCUUUCCUAUAAGGGAGCUUAAGCAACGACGACGACGACGGCGACGGCAACGAGAACUGCUUUUUUGUACAUUUCUUUGUUGUCACUGCACGACUACGACGUGAAAAUGCCUAAUUGCACGUUUUGUAGGGGACGUUAACAAGCGGCGACGAAUUUUUCUCUCUCCUUCUGAAUUUGAGUACGGUCCCCAAGAAAUGAACUCCUGGAAAAUUUGCCUACACUUGACAUUUUCAGCGAAACGGAAUAAACGCGAUAAAGUUUGAAGAAACGCGAAUAUCAUUUUAAAAGUGACGUUUUCGCUGCCGUCGCCGUGGUCGAUGCUAAAUCUCCUUAUUGACUCUAGAAAUCGUAACCUGCAAAUUGGCUGCUACCAAAGAGUAUCGUGCAUUAUCGUGCAGUAUCGUUGCUGUCAACGGAAGACUUUUAGCUUGAUGGCAGAGUUUUCAUCUCAGGUUUGCGGGAUAUUUUUUCUUAAUCACCCAGUCCCUCCCUCAAAAGGAGGAUUCUUUUUAGUAGUCUCGAAUUUAUUAUAUUUAAAUUAAUUACUUUGUUAUGAGUAUAUAAACGGAGGCUUCGCUCUUAGCCCUUGCUAAAUCUGUAUUUUAUGAAUGGUUACUCCAAAGGAUUUUGUCGACAGUUGCAGUUGACAAAUCGUCUCAACAUAAGUUAAUACUUCUUUACACUUUAAAACAGGGUCGCCAAGGGCUGGCUGGACCCACUGGAACACCUGGUGUCCAAGGAGGUCAGGUAAGGUUUCUUGUGCAAAGUGCAUAAAAUGAACACUGAGUAAAGAGUCAUUUUUUAUGGGCAUGAGCUUCGAGCAUAACUUGAAUCUUGUUUGGAACUGCGAGCACUCGAGAAUAAAUCCACUGACUAGCAACGAUAAUUUCUCUUACCUGUUAUCUUUUGCUUUUUAUUUGCAAUUAAGUUGUGUUAUCAUUAGAAGAGAAUGCUAUCAUUCAGGCAGCAUGGUAUAAGAGUCUGAGCGUAUGGACGUAGUUCAAACCAGUCACAAAAUCAUUUAGGUGUUGUACUGAACGUGUGUUCUAUAAGGUGAUGUUAAACUAAGAUCACAGUUAUCCACUGCUCCUUCCGACCCCCCGACCCCCUCCCCCGGGGCAACCUUCGUUUUAAUCAUUCUUUUUGUUUUUUCAUUUAUAUCCAUCUAUUUUCAUUCCCUUUCAUUUUUUUCUAGGGUCCUGAGGGCCCAGUAGGAUCUGCAGGUCCCUUUGGUGAGAAGGGAAACACUGUAAGUACUAAAGAUAUUAACUUCUAUUUUUUGCAUAGUACAUAAUGUCUUAGCUUGUAUGUUAAUUGUUCAGUGGCUUUUGCUAUAGACCUGAACUUCCUAAUAUUGAUCUUUAUUAAUAGACUUGUAAUAUAUUGCUCUUCGGAGUUAUUCUCGUUAGAAGAGGAAAGAAUGUUUGAUCUUAUUAUAAUUGCAGGUCAUCUUAGUUAAUGAAGUGGAUUGGUUGUGAAGCCCGUCAGAGGUCUUUGUUAUAUGGUUUUGUUGGCUUUUUUAGGACUUGACGGUGCAGAACGUUCAAUAGCAUCCCUGUCAUUUUGAUCUUAUUGACCAAUAAAAAUGUCGCAUUAAUUUAUUGAAUCACAAUUUAUGAACAGAAAAAAAAGCACUGAAAGGAAGCCCCCAACUAAACUGCCACACCGUUGUUUUAUAUUCAAUGUUUGCCCGCUUUCAUAACUAGUCUCCUCCACUAAAUAAAUUAUGAUGUCAUAAAUUGGUAGCAACGUGAAGAUGGCUACAUUUUUUGGUUUGCAGGGUGCUGAGGGUGAACCCGGCCCAGUUGGUCCUCCAGGAAGACCAGGAUCUGAUGUGAGCAUACUUAAAAAAGAUAUCCCCGUUUUGUUUUUGUUAUCAUAAGUUUCUUUUUUUAAAAAACGUUAGGGAGUUCCCCAGUUCCCCGGUGGACUGUCUUCAAAUGAUCCGAACAUCAGCAUCCAUCCUCUCUUAUGUUAACGGAAACGUGAGCAUAAUAAUAAUUAUUUAUAAAUUUAAUAAUGUUUUAAUUUCGACCUUGCUCGCCAUAGAGCCUCCAGUAGCCCAGGGGUUAGUGCGUCCGGACGAGAACUCAGAGGGUUCCAAAAUUCCGAGCUUUCUGGCAUAAGAAUUCUCCUUCUUCCAAAUUAUCAAAUAAUGUUGGGCCUGAAGUGCGCGGGAAUUGCUUUUACCACAGUUAUAACUUUACUUUGGCCUUUUUAAAUCUUACACAGCGAACUUGGUGUACUUCCUGUACUUAAUGUACAUUUUCCUUAGGCAAAAAUGUUACGAAAACUGAACAUUACCAAGACAAAGCUCUUUAAAACAAUGAUGAUUGAAUAUUUCCCCUUCCCCUCCAAAAAAAAAAAAAAACAAUGGUGAAGUCCGGCUGGAUCAUUUUUGAGCCCAGCUGAGCAAAAUAUAUCAGGGUGGGGUGGGGGACCUGUCACUCAGGUACCAACUCCGCUGUGCAAAAUUCUUAACACUCUUUGUCCGAGACUAGCUGUUUAUUAGCCGGGGAUUUAAGCCAAUCAGAAAAGAUAAAUAUCUUGAAUGAAUAAUAGCAUUGCUAUCUCUUGAUGCUGCUUCUAAUAGUCCAGUUCGCAGCUGUCUUUAAUCAGGUAUUUGUUUUAAUCCCCAGGGAAUGCCUGGAGAAGUUGGUCCUCCCGGAGAGGCUGGACCUAAAGGAGAGCAGGUAAAGAAAAUGUAGAAUACGACGCAUGGUCCAUGCCUAGUUCGCUAAGUAUAGUGUAGUUAACCCUUUCACUGCCAAACGUGGCCAAAGGCAAAUUUUGAACAAAUUUUGAAAUUCAUUCUCUAAAAUUUUGAGAAAUAAAAAGUAUCAUGUGAAAGUACAGGCAGAGAGCUUUCAUUUGAAUGGUCACAUCAUAGGAUUUCGUCAGCAGACUCAAAAGUUAGCGUCACCCUACAAAACUCUGUCAAACACUUUGGCAGUGAAAGGGUUAAAUGCAAAAAGCUAAAUCCGAGACCUUAUGUCGCGGAUGUCUUUGGUUACAGUUUAGUAUCUGUUCGUCAUAAGACAUUAAAAUGCAGCUAAUAGAGAGAGAGAAGUCGUUACGUCAUGUUGCCAUGGUAGCAAAAUGUUUGGAUCUCAACAAACCGUUGCCCUGCAAAUAUGGCAGAAAAAUAAAAACGAAAAAAUUGUCUUGUGUGUCUUUCCUGUGCAUGAUUGUACUCAGGAACAAAAUGGUAGCCCAUAACUUUCUUCCAUUGUUCAACAAUGCAAAUAGCCGUCUCUGCCAAGAAAGAUUGUUAAGUUCCAGAAAUUUUGCUCCCAUGGUAACGUGACAUCACCCUUCUCCUCUCUAUUCUCUUAUGGUCUUUCAGGGAGAGGACGGCACAUCUGGGAUACCUGGACGAGAUGGAGCCACAGGACUGCGAGUGAGUUGAUAUUUCCUCAACGAAUACAACGUAUAUGAAACAUUGUAAAAGCACAAUGGUUAAUGUCCUAAAAAGGAGUGCACAGAAAGUGGGCUGCAAAAAUUAUCAUCCAGUGUAUAAAGAAGGCCAUGUUGGAGAUAGGGUCGCGGUUGUUUUAGAAAUGCACGUGAAUAAAAGAUAAGGACAACUCUCAUCGAUCGUCGAUGGAAUAUUGUACGUAGUAGUCACCUUCAAACUCUUAUCACUCACCUUUUUUGUUAAACUUAAGGGACCUGCUGGGGAACCAGGCACUGUGGGAUCACCUGGAGAGCCAGGGCCGAGGGUAAGUAUAAGACGUCUGCACUGUGAGUUGUACUAUAUUGUACUUUAUAUUUGUAGUUACAAAUACAGCUGCCUCUACCUGUCGCGGGGAACGUUUCCGGAGAGAAACGUCUACGUUGUGGCCUGAAAAAUUCAAUACUGAUGACGUAAAUCGAUGUUCACAUAAGUUAUCUUCUGGUCAUGGGGUUUUAGACCUAAAUUUUGUUCGAGUUUUUGUAUCCUCUUAUCGAUUAUCGUACAAUUUUGAGUUCUGCUACAAGUCAGCAAAAGUAAAAAACCUUAUGAAAAGCAAAUGUAUUCCUAGGAAAAAAGUGUCUCUUGGUGUGGCGCCUUUCACAUUUGAUCUUAGUUUGUGACCUUUUAUCACUUGUUUGUCAUUCGUAAACAAUAGCUGGAAGAGUGUAUCAUUACGUCAACCAAUCAGAGCUCCUGACCAGAUUUUGGCCAGAUCUACGUCACCAGUGUAGAAUUGUUAUGGACCAAAAUGGAGAUGUCUCUCUCGCGAAACCUCCCACCGACUGGGCUCAAGAGAAGCUGCUGUAUUCGCAGGCUAAUUUUUACUCGGUUAAAAGGAGCAAUGCAUUGCACUUUCAUCGUAAUGGGAUCUGUAUGGGCGUGUCCCGCUUUUUCUUCUCAUCAGUUUGAUUGUUAGGUACUUAAGUUCGUGUUACUGUACUGUAGGGUGAUGCUGGAGGACGGGGACCACGAGGACCGCCUGGGCCAGCUGGUGAACGGGUAGGUUGCUGUGACAUUACUUUAGGAAAACUUUCCUUCUAUGGCAUAGAUUUUCGUUCCCCGUUUUUCUUGCUGUCUUAGCAGCUCUAAUAGAGACUGUUAUGUCUGACUUCAUUUUCAGGGCGCUCCUGGAAAAGAUGGUCCCCCAGGCAUUUCUGGGUCACCCGGAGAACAGGUUAACUAUAACUUAUCUCAAUACAUUUCGUUAAUGAAUUGAAUAAGUUAAGUUAAUGAUAAACUAUAAUUAUCCCUUGGUCAUAAUCAUUCAUCGUAAUCACAAGUAAGCAUUAAGACCUGAAAAAAGGAAGAAGUUAUGUAGCUGGCGCACUCAAAGCUUCGGUUUUCAGAGAAUAAAGCCGGAAAACUGGCGCUAAGUGCGCUCGUAAUAAUGAAAAAAAAAAAAAAAAGCCGGAGAUUAGAAACCAGAAAAGUAAUAAACGGACGAAAAGAAUAUGCGUGUUUACUAACUUAACAAAUGAACUUCCAACAAAAGCCCUUCUCUGUGGCUAACACGCACAGCAAUCACAGUUGGCAUUAAACAGCUCGAGUCACUGUGUUUGAUGACCUGUUAUAGUGUUCGUUGUUUCCUUGUGUUUGUGUCAAUGUAUUUAUGCUAUGUUUUAUAAUGAUAUGAAGAAUAAGUACUGUUUAGCAGUUCGCCAUUUGCACACUUCCCAUAAUACACUUUGUUUGUCCCCAAAAUUUUGCAUUACCUUGGGUUUUGUUUCUUCUGGGUGUUACAUUCUCUCAUCCCGAGAGAAAUUGAGGACAAUGCCUUUAGUGCACACUUUUUUGGGGGAAAAAGGUGCAUUGUGUGGGAUAUGCAAAUGGCGGAUACUAAAGAAUUUUACCAAACCAACCAGAAAAGAGAACUCAAUCUCUCGACCCUAGUAAAGGGUAGUCCUUGCUCAUAAAUAGUGACCUAUUAUGUCUUAUUGGCUAUUUUGAAUUUCAGGGCCCUGCAGGAGCGAGAGGUGUCAAAGGAGAUCGUGGAGAAGCUGGUAGUGCUGUAAGUAAACGGCUGCAGGAUCAGCUCAGUCGGUAGAUCUCUUGACGGCAGAGCGGGAGGUUGCCGGUUCGAUUCCCGGAACCGGAACCAUACUAACUGAGAAUGAAGGCGCUGUCUUUCCCUAAAAACGGCUAGAACUAUGUGUGGCUCGGAUGACCAAGUAAAAUGGUGGUUCCGUCGUCAGUAGGAGACGCAAAAAUAUUAUCCACAAAUAGUACUCUCGCGCCUUAUGCAGAAACGUAGGUAACUGAGAGGUUUUAAGUUAGUUCGGGGUAGUCAUAAGAAGGUGUUCCACUACAUUUUUGCGUUGAUCUUUUUCAUCUUUUGUUUUUUCACUAUCUUUAAUGUUAUUUGUUCAGGGGCCUCAAGGUGCUCAGGGUGGACAAGGUCCGCCAGGUCAACUUGGAUCCAAGGUACAGUUGAGUGAUACAUAUUAAACGCAAGAGCAUAUCUAGGUGACUUACACACGCUUUGGCGCCAGGACACUGCGAACCAGAAGAUAGUGACUUCUCAACGACUAGUUUUCUUUAGAGAGAGAGUUGCUAGUGGUGCUUUUGUUUAGAUACAUUGGGUUAAAAUCUUUCUAGUUCCCUUAAUGCAAGGGUGUGAAAAUGACAAUUCGGGGUACGAAGUCUUUUCAUGUAUCACAUUACUCGCCGACACACGCGUGUUUGCCCUCAAAAUCAUUAAUUGACUAGUGUGCCACUUCUAUAAUCACUACCUUCGCCAUUGCUACUAAAUCGAAGUCAGGAAGAAAUUAUACCCAGACUAAACAAUCGGCAGUAUUUUUGCAUCUUGAUGUUUUUUCAAAUACGUUUUUGUACCCAGGGACCUCGUGGAGCCAAAGGAGCUACAGGGAGUAGCGGUCUUGAUGGUGCAAAAGUAAGCACUUAAAUUGUCAUUGUUAUCAGCCUGUCGAGUGUAAUAGUUUUGGAUAGUAUACAAACAAUGUAAGAACGGUCGUUAUUGAAAAGGACAAACGUGUUGACAACUACUUUGUAGACAAAACGUAAUCUUCAUGUUUGUGUAGAGGUGUGUCGUCAUAUGAUGGUUGCCAUAGAUAGCUACGCCUCCAUUCCGAUUUUGUUCACCUUAUUUUAUCUUUUGUAUUAUGCCCUUGCCUUUAUUGUAAACAUCGUGCUUCUGUUCUCUUUAAGGGAGAGACUGGAGAAAAGGGACCAGCUGGAGAAGAUGGGCCUCCGGGUGCUAAUGUAGGAUAACAGUACUAAAUUAUACAUUUUUGUUUCCUUGAGAAAAACAAUCCUCGCCUUCGUCAUUCAUACUGAUCACAAUGUAUGGAUGGUCAGCGGUCAGAGAUAAUGAUGGCCGCUUUUUUUUUGCGCGGCAGUUUUGAAUACUGAUUCUCUGAGGAGGGGUUUCUAUCUUUAGUUAGUUCUGCUGUUUAAUAAGUCACAGACUUGUAGACUCAGUUGAUUUGUAUGAGGGUUUAUAGAGUAUUACAUGUGACUCAAUAUUUGGUCAUAACUUAGUAAAGAAUGAUUCAAAAUUGUUGAUUACAAUUCUUGGUUGCUGUUUCAGGGGAAGGAUGGUUCACCUGGUGUUUCUGGAAUAAAGGGCCAACAGGGCAGAAUGGUAAGAAGAAUCAUGAUUUAUGCCCCGCGAUUAUCUUUAAAUAAACCGUUUUAAAAAUCAACCUUCCAACCUUGCUUUGUCCCUCUCACUAUAGGGUCCACCGGGACAACAAGGUCCUCAAGGAGCUGCGGGACCCCAAGGUGAUCAGGUAUGAAUCUCCAGCUCUCUACUACUGGUAUAGAAAUGCAUGUAACUAAAACUGUAUAUCUUCCCCUUUUCCUCUAAAGAUGGAAUUAGUCUUAUGGCGAUCCCGAUCAUAUGAGGAAUAGAGCAAUUCCCAUUCUUACGACCACCUUCUUUCCGCCCAAACUUAACGGAAAUACUUUUACAGUAGAAGCUCGGUAACUCUAACUUUGAAGGGAAACGAAAAACUGUUUGUGUUGGCGAGGGGUUCGAGUUAUCGGGGUCGAUUUGCCAUGUUAAAAUUGAUAUUUACUGAUUUUUCAGCACUUAUUGUAUGGUGCAGUGCACAUUUAAUUUAUUUCAUCGGAAACGAUAACUACUGUAGGCAUUUUUAGGAUAAAACGUGAUUUGUUAGUUUCACCAAUCACAACAUCAGAUUGCUUUAGUGUUUACCACUGUUAAUUUUAGUGUUAUUAACAAUAAUUCCUCGAGCCCGAAUGGGCUCUGAGUCAAUAGGCCAUGAGGCCGAAAGCCGAAUGGGCUAUUGACCCAGAGGCCAUUAGGCCUUAUACAACAAGAAAAGCCAAUAGGAUGUCAUCCGAGUGGAGUCAAAAGAACGUAACCAGAAUUCGAGUUAUUGGGGUAAAUUACAGUGACUUUUUGAUCAAGGAAAAGGAAAUUUAGUUCGAACUAGCGGAGAAUUCAAGAUACCCAGGUUAAAGUUAACCAAGUAAAAAAGACUGGAAAGUGGGGUGAAAUCCAAGGGAAAUUGGACUUAAAUCGAGUCAGCGAAGAGUUCGAGUUAUCGGGGUUCUACUGUAGCUUUUUUUGUUUGUUUGCUCUGUAACCUCGUUUAUAUUUCCAUGUUUUCAUGGCCUUUAGGAAUUCGCAUGUUAUGGCGAGAUCAUUUUUCACUCUCACCUAAAAAUCUCUUGACGAAAUCCUAUGAUUUCACCAUUCAAAUGAAACCUCUUGGGUAGAACGUUUGCUUGCCAAAACAAACCUUGUGACUCAUUUCUUUUACAGGGCUACCCCGGCAUGCAAGGCGGAAUGGGUGAUCAAGGACCUGCAGGGCCGGUGGUAAGCUUCAUUUGUCAUUACUUUCUUAUGAGAAUUCUUGAAGUUUUUCUUGUCUCAACUUACAUCUUUUCUGACCCUUUUGAUUGCAUGACUUGUUGUUAUUUUUAUUAGGGAGAUCUUGGCCCUGCUGGUCGAGAUGGACUGGAUGGAGCUGCUGGUCUCCCGGUGAGCAUUUUGUAUACUCUAAACAACGAUCAUUCACAAGUUGCUUGAAAACUGUUUAGGAUCUUUUAUUUGAAAAGCAAAUUUACUGGUAUCUUCUCUGAAUAUUUAAUGAGCCAUACGUACCAAGAAACAAGUCAAAUGGACAAAUAGCCUAAGACAAAGGCACCAGUCUGAUUACCGCACUCCCCACGUUGUGAAAUGUUUGAGUUUUAAGGUGACUCGACCCAGUUUUUUUGGGGGGGUACCAUCCUACUUUGAAGCUCUCUGGUAUCCCCACCUUUACUUUUAUCGUAAGUGUAACACAUAGAAUGGAUAACAUAUAGAUCAAUCUACAAUAUAACAUAAAAUUUUUGGCGAUCGGAGUAAAUGUCACGUGGUUAUAAUGCCACGCCCCUUUGAGGUCUGAGUCGAAAAUCUGCUGUUGCCGGCAUUUUUUCGUGAAAAUCUCUCGGCCACACAUAGUGCGCAUUAGUGCCUUGCGCUGAACAGAGUUUCACCAAAAUCGUAAAGACCCAAUUCGAGAAAUUCAGCGGUUUCCAAAUUUAGGUCAUAAUUUAUGCGAAAAUGAUAAGCAAACUUUACACGGAUUAUAUCUAAUAAACUAUGAGAUUCAUCUCUUUAUUUUGGGCAUCGUUAUAACAGAUAGGUCCUUGCAAGUCAGCAAAACGCUUUAGGGCCUUGUAAAUGCGCGCGAUUUCGAGCAAAGCAAACAUAUAGAAAUUACAGUUUUCGCUAUUUGUUGACGUUUGUCAGCGGUUAAGAGUCCUUCUCACGAAAAAAGCAUUUUCUUAAAAAAUCGUAGUUUUUUUUCCUUUAAAUUUUUUCAGGGCCACAAUUGAUUAACUAACUACCCGGACUCUGAAUUUCAUGGUCAUUGAAAAACUGUGACAUUAUCUUCUAUAAGCCCAAACUUGAGUAAACAUUGAAGAUUUUUAGCGUUUUGGCUGAGUUUGUGCUUUGGGAGUUGUCUAUUGUUUCUAGCCUGUCAUUAUACAGCAUUCUUGUUCAGCACGCGUGCAAUGACCGCGCUUGGCUGACUUCCGAAUGCUCACCGAGAUAUUCCCGUCACGAAUUGGUUUAAUUAUUGGCUUGCAUUAAAUCUAUGAAAAAAUAAUAUUUUUUUAACAGUAAGUAGAUUUAGUGUGUAGCACUUCUUGAUUUUUUUGCAAAGGCACAAGAAGCGCGAGAAUUGAUUAAAAAUUGUGAGUUAAACCUCUAUGUAUCACGCGAUGGCCUGUCUCACUGUACCAAAAUUAUCAUAUCUCGGUGAGCAUUCGGAAGUCAGCCAAGCGCGGUCAUUGCACGCGUGCUGAACAAGAAUGCUGUAUAAUGACAGACUAGAAACAAUAGACAACUCCCAAAGCACAAACUCAGCCAAAACGCUAAAAAUCUUCAAUUUUUACUCAAGUUUGGGCUUAUAGAGGGUAAUGUCACAGUUUUUCAAUGACCAUGAAAUUCAGAGUCCGGGUAGUUAGUUAAUCAAUUGUGGCCCUGAAAAAAUUUAAAGGAAAAAAAAACUACGAUUUUUUAAGAAAAUGCUUUUUUCGUGAGAAGGACUCUUAAACGCUGACAAACGUCAACAAAUAGCGAAAACUGUAAUUUAUAUAUGUUUGCUUUGCUCGAAAUCGCGCGCAUUUACAAGGCCCUAAAGCGUUUUGCUGACUUGCAAGGACCCAUCUGGUAUAACGAUGCCCAAAAUAAAGAGAUGAAUCUCAUAGUUUAUUAGAUAUAAUCCGUGUAAAGUUUGCUUAUCAUUUUCACAUAAAUUAUGACCUAAAUUUGGAAACCGCUGAAUUUCUCGAGUUGGGUCUUUACGAUUUUGGUGAAACUCUGUUCAGCGCAAGGCACUAAUGCGCACUAUGUGUGGCCGAGAGAUUUUCACGAAAAAAUGCCGGCAACAGCAGAUUUUCGACUCAGACCUCAAAGGGGCGUGGCAUUAUAACCACGUGACAUUUACUCCGAUCGCCAAAAAUUUUAUGUUAUAUUGUAGAUUGAUCUAUAUGUUAUCCAUUCUAUGUGUUACACUUACGAUAAAAGUAAAGGUGGGGAUACCAGAGAGCUUCAAAGUAGGAUGGUACCCCCCCAAAAAAACUGGGUCGAGUCACCUUAAUGCAUGCCACCAUUAAAGAGACGUUAGUGCACAUCACCCGUGUUGAACAAUAUUUACAUAUUUAUCAGUUUUAUUAGAAGCCGGAAGGCUGUGGUGAUAACAAGGGGAGAUGUGGUGCCCUUCGAAGGUGUGCGUGCUGUUUAUUUUUUCAUAGCCAGAAAUUUUUAUAUCUGAGGUGUGUGCUUGUCACCAACCUCUUUUGUUCACGCGCCUCUAACCUUAAGUUAUCACUUAUUCCAGGGUACCCAAGGUCCAAAAGGGAAUACCGGACCACCAGGAGCUAACGGACAGGCAGUGAGUUAUGUUUUGCAAUUUAUUAAUUUUACUCUUAAAAUGACGUUUAGCAGUUAGGGGAUCAUACUUGCGUGUACUAUACUACUUUCGGCUACAACUGAAUAAAAUGCACUGAAAAGAUAUAACGGUCAUGCUGAGAGUUCGUGACAAUAUGGCGUGAAAAAAAAGUUAGUCCUGUAACGUGUGUUCAGAAAAGUUCAGAGGGGUUGUCAGACGGCUUAGGUUUUGAAAACAAAGAAAAGGUUGGGACGGUGUCGAGACAGUGUUUAAAAUAUUCUUUACGCUUCACAACAUCUCGUACGGUGUUGAAGCUCUUUAAAGGUAGAUAACGCCUUGAAACGAUUUUAUAAAUUACUUCUACAACUACUACUACUACUACUACGAUGACGACGACGACGACGACUAAUAUUAACAAUUAUAAUGAUUAUAACAUUGAUAAUGAAAGUGAAAAAUAGUUUUCAAAGAUCAGGACCACUUUAAUUGACUGCCAAUUACUGCAAACAUAAUGCGGAGUAGGCCUGCAUUGUGAAAGCCACCAAAUCACCUAGAGCCGGAAUGUUACAGAUUACAAAUGUUGUUUUAUCCAUGGUUUAGGGCAUCAUCGGUGCACGUGGCGCUCCUGGUGCAAAGGGUGCGAAGGGAGAAAAGGUAACCAGUUUUAUUUUAAACUUGAAAUGUUAUUUUCAAUGAUAAUAGAUCCUUCCAUUGUAUCAGUUUUGAACUUUUGACAUGGACCAGUUAGUAAAAAAACUGUCAACACCGCUAAAAAGAGGGCCUAAAAAGAAGUAAAAUUGCCAAGUUGGAGAUUUAUUUAUUAGAAAAGAACGAAGAUAUGGCUUCGCAAAGGGACAAUAUUUUACAGACUUUUGUAUGGUGUGGGUCGCCAACUGGCCUUUUACUCUACAAAGUCGGCAAAAUUUUAAUAGUGACUUUGGUGAGCUCUACCUUCACUCGCUUUAGACCUUUCACUUAAAAACUUGGCAACUUUACUCGCGUCUGGGCGCUCGUUUUAGCCCUCAUCAAAACUUGAAUAAAACAAAGGAAAGGGUCUAAUAUUCAGCCGGCCAAGAAAACCAAAGCCUUUCAAAACACUCAUAGUUGCUAUUUUAUCUUAUAUUUUAUCUUAAAGAUUUGCUUGUUCUUAUUCAAUCUAAGAGAGUUUCCUCUAGGGGCGUUUACUGUUAGAGGAUAUUUUCAGUGCAGCUGAAUGGUCUUUAUGUGUGUGUAAAAACUGUUUCCUUUCUUGUCAAGCAUUAAACUAAAAUUGUUUGUUUGUUUUGUUAAGGGUAACCCCGGCUCGCUGGGAAUUGCAGGCAUAGCUGGUGCUCCUGGCCCCAUUGUGAGUAUAGUAAAUAUAAAUGUACUUUAAGCUUAUGUCAGAAUCCAAGAAAAGAUAUUUUGAUGGAUACUUUUACCAUUCCUUAUUCUUGUUUACAUCUGGUAACCAAAAAAUGAAACCAAGAAAAGUCUCUCGCGAAAUGCACAUUUCAAGAGAUUACUCGUUUCUAUCGUUGUCAUCUUUUUUGUCGAUCGUUUACACUUAUUUGUAUACGCAGUGAACGUAAACCGCGAGUUCUAUGCAAUACAUUAUGUUUAAUGGUAUGUUGUUUUUGCGUCAAUCUAAGACACUCUAAGUAAGUUUAUCUCUCCCUUAAGGGUGCUACAGGUGAACAAGGGGAUAUAGGAGCCAAUGGUGCGGCUGGAAGAAAGGUUUGGCAAAAACGUGUUUUUCUUAGUUCAGACCUUGAACUUCAAUAUUUUAAAUGUUAGAUUUCUUGAUAUAAACAAAUGUCCUUAAGGUAUAGACAUGUGUUUCGUUAUCAUAAAAAGAAAAUGAAUUUUUGGUUCGGAAAAUUAACUUGAAUUUACAGAAUAAUUUUUUUCUAGCAUUCGAAUUCUUUAACAAUUCAUGAAGAGAUAACGGUGGAUAUCUCUAGUCUGACGGUGAAUUGGAUGUAUGAUACAGGUUGACAAGCUGAUUUAAAAAUAGUUUGAGAAUUGUUGAGAGAUUGCGAAGGUUUAUCAGCGUGUUUCUGUCUGGUACUGAUCUAGCGUAAUCCGUUUGAAAACUGGUUCAUAUUGGAUCCUUUUCCACAACUUCUCUGUUAUCGUUAAACCAAAAAAUCCUUAUCCAUUUUAUUUGAAGCACUAUAUAUUUUUUUUUAUUCACCUCUAGUUGGGGUGUUGUAGUCGUUAUUCAAACACCGAGAAGUGAUUAAACCGACUUCAACCAGUGCAUGUGGAUACCAGAUAAAACACUCUUUCUUGUGUUUUAUAUAGCUUUUCAAGUAAUCGAUGAUUGUUGACGAAUUGUUAAGUAAACUUUGUAAAAAUUCAUGGAUAUUUCUCGAAACAAAAUUGGUGAGAUAAUAUGUUUGUUAUGUGUAGGGAGAGGCAGGACAGCAGGGACCAGACGGCGAGCGAGGUCCAGCUGGAAAGGAUGUAAGCACCUUUGAUUUAUCUUUUUUUUUUCAAAGUGGUGUUAUUUAUACUUUUUUCGGGUCACCAUUGAUACAUGUUUAGUUCCAUCAAGGCAUGGGAGAGCGUCGGUCUGCUCAGCGGGAGGUCACGGGUUUGAACCCCGGUCGGACCAACACUCAGGGUCUUUAAAUAGCUGAGAAGAAAAAGCUGCCUUUGUAAUGACAUCUGCAAACGGUUAGACUUUCUAGUCUUCUCGGAUAAGGGCGAAAAACCGUAGGUCCCGUCUCAAGCACUUACACUUAUCUGGUUCUUGUGGGACAUAAAAGAACCCACAUCACUGUUUGAAAAGAGUAGGGAACGUAGACCCCGGUGGUGUGGUCAACCUUCACACAUCACAUCAUUCACAUCAUGGGUUGGGUGGGUAUAGGAAGCUCAUAAAUGGACUGAGAGCGGCUGCCAGUGCGCCUUUGUGUGCUGACGUCCAAGCUUACUGUUCAUAUGUUAAAAAAUGUAUUAUAAGAGGGCACGUCUGUUGUCCUCUCAUCCACGACUCUUUAUUCAUUCAUUAAUUUUAUGCGGCUUAAAAAACAUGUGAGCUUCUUGUCAACAAACCUCCUAGUCUAAGGCAGCGGGAGUUAAAACAGAAACGCAAAGAAGAAGAAGCAUCAGGUACUUUAUUAAAAGAUUUCCUGGGGUUUUGUACAAGGUUCAGGGGUAAAAUUACUUUGUUGCUUGAGAUAUGUCAUCAUCAUUUUGUCCGGCUGCCAUCUUUGAGUUAAGCGUUUGCUGCAGACGUCUUUUGGCCUGUGCCUCCGUGAAUAUGGUGGUUAUAGCAGUAAGCAGUGAAUGGGAAAAAAUGUUGUGAUUUAGAUGAAGGACGACAAAAUAUAAGCUCAAAAAUUGAGCGUUUAGUGUUAUUUUUCUAGGGUGCUCAAGGCGCUAAAGGAGUGCAAGGUCAGCCUGGAGUCAGAGGUCAUAAGGUGAGUGCAAUAGAACUUGAAAACGAUUACCCGUUCAAUACUUGGAGGUCAGUUUAAAAGAAAUUCAAGGAAAGUGUCGAAUUUCAGUAAUUUUGUAAACGACGACAAUUACCAACGGAGCUAAUUUAUUGUAAAGAGCGGGGGGUAGGAUUUUAACCACAAUGUGGAAAAGUACCAUACGAAAGUACUACUUAGGAGGUCUGCAUUUGGAUAGUCAUCAGUUCUACGGGAUCUCAUCUGCACGCUUAAAAGUUGGAACUACAAACUAAAUAAUGAAAGUCGUACUGCUGAAGGCGUUUCUUUGGAAUGGUAAUAUACCUUAAGAUUUAACCAGAGACUCAAGAGUUAGAACUGCACUCCAAUCACUCCAAUCCAAGCGCAAACGACGAAACAAGAAACACUGGGGCUAAUGCUUUUAAUGCAUUUAUCAGUUGAAAAAUGAAUAUUUUCUUUGGACACGAACAAAUACAAAACAAAUUGGUCGCAACCCCACCCUCCUUAACCUGCUUUUACAAUGAGUGUUGUUUACAAAGAACUGACGUUUUGUUCAUCUCUGGUCUAUCCCUCCUCUCCUGGUAUUGAGAAGUGAAAUGUUGUCGACAUAACUAUUUCGUUUCUUCAAGUAUCCAAUUCAAAUUAAAAAGAGCAAACUGAAUCGAAAGUAUUACUCUUACUAAUGCCAUCUUUGCCCUUAUCUAGGGAAAUCGAGGCCCAAUGGGAGAGCCUGGCGUUGCUGGACCAAAGGGACCAAAGGUUUGUCUAAGAAUAAGGUUUUGUAAAGUGUUUGGGUUCCGUGAAGUGCUCCAUUGCUAGAUCUUGGGGAUUUUGGGUGCUUGCUUGCGGUAGUUUCGUCUGCUAGUCCUCUUUUAUAGGCCUUUACUGCAAUGACCCAAUAAUAUUUGUUGAUAUUUUGUUAGGGUGAUAUUGGGGAAGAAGGACCACGAGGGCCGCGAGGUCUUAAAGGAUCCAGGGUGAGGAAGUACACUUUCUUAUAACUGUCUUUUAGUCAACUGUUCCAGUGACGGCAAUAUCAGGUAAUAUCUCUUCUUCAGUAGAAUGGCAGUAUAAGCAAUAUUGUUUCUUUUACGUAACAACUAUCGUCAAAUUCUAACACAACAACAUGCAAAAAGGUUUUCUACAAUGUCAUUUUAAAAUGUUUUCAAAACCAUUCAUUGUCACUUUUGAAGAGUUAAAAACAAACAAAAGCGUUUUUUUAAAGUGAGCCGGAGGUUCUUCCUUGUUUUGAACUGAACUACAGAUUCUCGAAGAGACAUAAAACCUCUUUCACUCGCGACAACCAGAAAACAAGAAAAUCCUGUGAACACGGCCCAGAAAAUGACAAUCCAAAGUUCAACCAAACAAAACGGAGAAGCGACAACGGAGGAAGUGCCGGGGUCGAUUGUCCCAUAUACAGAAGAAGAAAUAAAUACCUUCAAAGAGGACAUGGCCCCUGAAAACACGAAAAAGAGUACGCCGCUUGCAAUCGUCCUGAAUCGUGGUACUUAGAAAAGUAUAAAACAGAGCUGAACUUGAACAGCAUUUCUAAAACAUUUCAAAGGUACUUACCUUAUGUCAAUCGCGACGUUAAACAUGUUAAACUUUCAGUGCUUUCGCUUGGACACUUGAUUUUUUCUGGAGCGCGCGCUCAGGAUAAAAACAAACAAUAGAUAUUAUUGCUGUUUUCUUUUUUUUUCUUCUGAUUUUUAUUCAAUUAUGCGAUUCAAGGAAAAUUCAUUACCUGACUCGAGAAUUCCACGUUAAAUUGGCGAUGUAUCUUCUCUUUAGAAUAGCAAUAUCAGGUAACGUAUGUUCUCCGAUUUGUAAUAUCAGGCAAUAGUCUCUUUUUUGAAUAAUAAUAUUGGGCAAUGUCUCUACUUAGAACGGGAAAAAUCAUUCAAUAUCUCUCCUCUUCUUAGAACGAUAAUAUUAGGCAAUGUCUUUUUGUUGAUAAAAGGUUUAUCUUGUAAGUCAAGAACAACUUGGCCAUGGAGACGACAAGAUCUGUUCUUAGAACAGCAAUGUCAGACAAGGUCCUUUCUAAAAAUAGCAAUAUCAGGGCUUUUCAGAGGGGCAAUAUCAAGCAAUGUCUCCUCUAAGGAUAGCAAUAACGAAUAAAAUCUCAUUUUGAAACGGCAAUAUCAGGAAAUGUCUCUUCUUGGAACGUGAAAAUUGUAAGUCUUCUUUUACAGGGCGUCAAAGGUGAAGUGGGUCCCCCUGGUCUCCCUGGUAUUCAGGGACUUCAGGUAAGCAAGAUUAUUAUAAAUAUUAUUUACAACCACAAGCAUAUUCUGCUGAUAAUUCCUGAUUACUAAAAGGAACAAAUCACUGGUCUGAUACUAUAAUAAACUCAUUACGACGUCACCUUGAGAUAAAGGGCAACAGUUCAUAUUGUAGAAAUGAAUUUAGGACAAUAAUAAAAUGCAGGUAUAUCAUGUGGUUGAAAUGGCUCAAAAAAACUUAUGUGUCUUUUACAUCUUUCUUUCAGGGCAGAUCUGGAGAAACUGUAAGUAUAAUUCAAGUUUGUACUCAAAGGCUCGUUACUUGUUUGGUAGAACCCUGUAAUUGCUAUUCCUUUAACAUAUACUGUUCACUCAGUCUUAACGUUUUUCGCUGCAAUCUUCGCAGAAUAAAAAGGAAUAGCAAACCUCCAUCCCCCGCAGAUGAAGCCGCGCGCGCGAAGGCCAAAAGCGCCAUUUUCCUUUCCUUGAUUUUUAUUUAUUUUAUGUAUCUACUUAUCAUUGUUUUUUUUUUUUGGUGGUGGGGGGGGGGGGGGGGUUGGGGUCUAAAUUUUCCAUCUAUUUUGUCCAAGAUUGUAGUAACAUCAGUAAGCUAGGACUGCGCAAAGGAAAGGGUCACAAAACAGAAACGGCACGCUUUUGUGUAACGCCCAACUUACAAAGUUAUUACAGAGACAUGCAGCGGCAAGUUGUUAAGUGUUGGAUGAAUUAAUUGAUGUUACCACUCGAAUGAAAUCUACUCGUUUUGUAGAACUUUUAGUGUAACGAAGAUUUUUAGUUGUAGUAUUUUUGGAAAUUGAUUAAGAAAAACAAAGCAACAAAAAAAGCGUAAUGUGGCCGUUUUUAAUUGUACCUUUGGUAGUGUUUAGGCUGGGUUUAACGAUUUUUUUCUCGCUGUCUUCUUUUUCUCUUUGCCUUUGCCAGUUUUACUGCCCAGUUUGUCGUCUUUCUUUCUUUUUACUGGCUUGUUUCCAACAAAGGGACAAAUUUAAUCUGUAAAGAGCAGUAGGUAAAUAGCAAAAUUGGCAGUGGAUUUGUCCCAAAACGUUGCUUGAUUGUUUGUCUGUAACUCUGUCAGGAUUGGUCAAAAUUUGGUAAACGAGGCACCAGUGGAAAGAACUAUUCUCGUCAAUUUUGCUAAUUACCAUCUUAAUUGCUUAAAUGGAAAGCUUAAUCGGUCCAGGAAGAAAAUAUGCAUGGGUCCAGAUGGACCAAAAACAACCAAAGCGGACGUCAAAUAGAUUUGUUAAUAAGUCAGUUUGUUAGAUGUAUCUCGUGUGACAGAAUUAUUGGUCGGUGCGAAAAUUAAACACCGUUCACGUCUAACUCGAGAUCUUAACCUCCAGUUAGGCUCCCACACCAAUUCUUGCAUGUGCUUACCAUGUUUAUCGAUUAUCUCUUUUUCCUCUUUAGGGUUCCAAAGGACCUGGCGUAAGUAUGGACUGAUUUGUGUCACAAAAUUUACAAGAAAUAAGUCAGUGGUGACUUAUUCUCUAAAUGCUUUCUGGCGAUUUAAUGAACUCGGUAUAACGUCGAUUCGUUUCAGUUACUUUGGUAUGCACAUCAGAUUCAUGCCCCACUAAUCACCUCUGCCUCCUGCGUCCCUGACGCGUGAAAAUCCCCUAAGACGUAAAAUAAUUUAUGGUAUGCGUCCCGUAGGACGCAAAAAUCGAUUGAUCGAUCUGAAGAUGUUUUUGUAGAUUAUCCCAUUUGCGUGAUUUCUGUGGCUGUUCUUGUGGCUGUUGUUUAACGGUGCAUAUUUCUUUUAGUCUUUGUUGUGCUUGACUAUAAAAGGUAUAUUUUUAUUUAAGUAAACUGUAAUACAGAGUUUUGAAGUCUGUCUUUAGAUUAACUGUGUGGUUACAGAGACUCAGGGACUCGUGUUUUUGAAUUGAGACUCAAUGGUUCUGGACUGGACUCAUGAUUUUUUGCAAGAUGAGUCCCAGGACGCACCAUAACUAUUUGUAACAAAAUCACUGACUAAUGUCUUUUUUCCCCUUCGUUAUUCUCAACAUUCGGUUUAAUGUUGGUGCUCGUUUUCAGUUUUCUUCUUGCCCAUUACCUUUUGGACGCUACAAAAUCAACCCUUAGUUAAAAUUCCUUAUUCCUUAUAAUUUUUGUUUUUACACCUUUGUUGUUUACAGGGAGAACAAGGGCCAAAGGCAAGUUAUCUUUAAAUUAAUUGAUUUAUUGUCAAAUUUAACACUGAGUAAUUGCAAGUCUUAACUUAUUUUUCUCCGUGUUCUUUUAUCAUUUGCUUAUUUAUUUUUAUGUUUCAAUAGGGAAGAGCUGGUGCACCUGUGAGUAUCGUUUUUUUUUUUUGAUUUGUUUCAUUUGUUUUGCUUUAACGUGUUCGCUAAGCACUGUAAAUUAUGUACACGUUUGUGCAGUGAAACCACUCGCCUGUGGCUCGUGGUUCCACUCGAGUUUUGAACAUUUUAUGACGUCAUUUCUAUGAUCUAUAAGAGUGUAGGCCAUGGAAAAUUGUGGUCGAUUUGUUAACAGUACAACAUCAGGGGUCAAGUGUAGCUAUUGUUUUCUGACUCUAAAACAAUGCUUGUUAAUGACACGUGUAGAAGUUUUAUUAAAUUGACCCCGGAUCUGUUGUUAAAAAUAGUUGCAGGCUUGCAGCAACUUUAUUUAUUUCCUCAAAAUCUUGGUUACACUGAAGAUAAAUAAAACACAACCCGCAAGUACCAAAGGCUAAUCGAGGCGGGUUGUGUAAAAUAAAUUAAUAAUCGAAUAAAUAAAAUUAUUAUUCAUUCAAAAUAUUUCUCUUAUUCUGAUUGGCUCGAAGCACACGCAUAAUUCACCGUAACCAGUUGCUGAUGACCAAAUUUGAAAGAAUUUUGUGUUUAGCUAGGAAAUGACGUCAAAAAUGCAGCGAGAGCCUCUAAGUCCCCUUAUUUCACGUCAUACUUCAGGUUCCCUGAAUACUACUUCUAAUCUAAUGAGCGUGUUUACUUCACUUUAAUUAGUAAAAUGGAUAACUGGUAUUAGUAGCCACAGGCGCUUAUUAACUUUUUAGAUUUCUCGGUGCGAUUGUUAUUUGAAGGCUGUGCUACUUUGGGGGCAGCCAAUUUUGUAGCUUUUUUUAAUCUUGCUUUGAUAAACAAGGAAAAAACAGACAGAGAAAAAAAGAUAUUUUAAGGGCUGUUCCUGAUUCUCAUCAAUUAUAUCAGCAUUAACAAAUGUUAAAAGAUCAUUAAAAAUUAACAGGCGCGACAUUGUUGCUGGGAGAGAGCGGCGCUGAUUUUAGUAAAAACAGUACCGUUAUAUCGUCGUGUGAAACUAAAGCUAUCUCUACUUUUUCUGUCUCUUAGGGUCCACCCGGCUCAACAGGCGAACCAGGAUCGGUAAGUUAUAAAAGAGUGCACGAUAGAGCAGCUGUUUUAAGCAGGGAAACUGUGAACAACUUGUUAACACUGAAUCUAGGGAUGCAUUCUUUUUGACGUUACUACACCAAUCUUUUUAAGACAAAUUUGAUGUAAUAUAUUAAGCAUAAGACGCAGUGUUUCAUCACCAGAUGAAACACUGCACUGAGAAGAGAGUUGAAAAUACGACUCGCUGCGGAAUAUUUUUGACGAACUUCAAGGCGUUUCAUCUGGUGAUGAAACACUGUGUCGAAUGCUUGAUAUUACUUCUCAAACAAAAUGAUUUGAGGAGACAUUAAGGAUGCAAAAAUGAGCAGUUUUUCAUCAGACUUCCAAACACUCAUUAAACUUUAAUUUUCUUUGUAUUUUCUAUGUGAAUUAUUAAUGAGUUUGAAAAGGUGAUAUUCUUUCUUUUCUACUUAGCAAUUUGAUAAAAGCAAAACCAUCGCUAAAAACAACAACGGAUUAAUAUAGGACAGCUUCAGUCCUUAUCAGAACGUAACACUAAGUUAAGAAGCCCAGACUGAUUGAGUAACGCCAUUUCCGAGUUAUGCCAAGCCUCUGUUUCAAAGCGAGGCUAAGUGUAAAAUUAUUGUAGAAUCAUGCAAACAAAACUCAUUUUGAGAAGAAAGCUUUUCCGUUGAGCCUCGCUUUGAAAGCGAGAGUUUUAGUCCUCGGAAAUGGCCUAUUUGCCUAAAAAAUGCAAAAUGGAAGAAACAAUUUUUGAAGACAAUGUUUAGAAUGACGUAACUGGGGUCUCUCUAGGUUUUAUGUAGCAGCUUUAGUUUUGAAUGAGACGCCUGUCCAUUGUAAGAGUUCAACACUGAGUAUGGCGUACUAUCUACUAUUUACGCUUUCUUUCUCUUUUGUCUUGUAGAUUGGCAGCCUCUUUGUAAGUCCUUCAAUAAUAAUAAUAUGGCAAGCAGUAGUUGUAUUAGGAGGGGACAGAAAGCAGUGAAAUGCAACUUUCAACAGAAAAAAAUAAACUAUUAAAGUACUUAAAGUGGAAAUCUUUACUGCUAAGAUGAGAGCCUUGUGGUUAUUCUGAUUGAUUGAUUGAUUGAUUGAUUGUAUUAUUAUAAUUUAUUUAUUUAUUUUAUUCGUUCUUAAUUUCGUUUUGUUCGUUCGUUCGGUCAUCACCCACCCAUCCAUCCAUUCGUCCGGUUGUCUGGUCGUUUGUGCGUUUGCCUAUUCAUUUUUUCUUUCAUGCAAUCAUUCAUUGGUUGAUUGAUUGAAUUAAUUAAUUCAUUCACUCAUUCAUUCAUUUUAUCUAUUUAGUCAAAGUGUUUUUAUAUUUAUCUAUUAAUUAGUUUAUUUAUUUAUGUGCAUACAAGACUAUUAAGACGUAUUCAAAUUUUCUUUCUCGUUAUGGCAGGGCUCUGCUUCAAGAAGAAGACGACGGUCCGUUUCUAACGACGCUGAAGAUCAAGUAAGUUUGAAUGUUCACAAAUUUCUUCUGAAAAUGCCGACUUUUCGAAGGUCUCAUAUUUACCAAUACAAGGCCUAGGCUGUUAGGAAAUCAUGUUUGUCUUAUUAAUUCAACCCUUCCCUCCGAGUGGCGGUCUAAAACGCCGUCCCAGAACUCCAUGAUAUCUGAGGAAUCCGUUAAUGAGCAGUUGUCAAUAUUAUGUUGACGAGCUGUGGAGUGAUAUAUAUGUUGCUCUCAUAUUAAGAGAGGAAAUUUCACGUGUGUUUGCUUCUUUCCGGCGGCCACAUUGGUUUCCCCCCUCUCUCUCCUCUCUCAAACGGACGUAACAUUGUUGGCCAACAACUCCCAACAUUGUUGGAUGUUACAUGUUGCGUCCGUUUGCACACCCUGUUGUAUGUUGUUGGAUGUUGUUGCGCAAAGUUUGAAACCGGUCAAACUUUUCAGCCAACAACUCCCAACAUUUCUUUUGUUCCGUGAUUGCCGAAGCGUAGCGCAACAAUGUUGGAUCCGUUUGCACAGCUCUUCCAACAUUGUUGGGGCCACGCAAGCUCAUUACGCAUGGUUUGCAAAGACUUAUGAGUUGUAUCCUUCCCACGAUGCACUGCAGGUCCCAACAUUGUUGGGAGUUGUUGCAUUCGUUUGGACACCACUGCCAACACCCACGCAACAACUCCCAACUUUGUUGGCGCAACAAUGUUGGGAGUUGCUGCGUCCGUUUGCACGCAGCCUUAGAUUAUAGGCGGAUCCCUGUUGACGUCAUUGUUUACAUUAUUUUUUGCUCUUUGGGAUACAAGUUAACCCAUAGAAAAAGUCGCCUUUUAUACAAAUAAGGUUCAAAAGUUGAAAGAGCUGGUUCAGUAAUUUGUGUAGUUUGUGGAAUUUACUGCUCUUUACAUUAAAUAACAAAGGAACUAUAGGCAAUCAAAAUCUGCGAAGUUGCUGGUUGGCAAACUGAACCUUAAGGAGCUCGAACAUUCCUUGUCGAGCUUUUCAAAGAGAAUUUCUCUGAAACUAUUCGCUAUAUCGGGCUAAUAUUUUCAGAUAUAACAGAAGUUGUUAUGCUCUUUCAAUAUUCGGAGUUUUAUUUUUUUAGCUUCAUCAGAUAAUGAUAAGCAUAUGUUAAUCAGGCUAAUAAUGUAAACAAGGAUUCGCAUAUUUAGAACCACAAUAACACUCGCUGAACACUCAAGGGAGUGAUAAACUUACCAUUACUUUUUAUCUUAAAUUAACUUCAAUUCUUUAUUCUCAUUGCUUAGUUGGUUUAUCGUUUCCUGGUUGUUUUCGCAUUGGAAGUCCUCAAGAUGCUUAAAGACCUAGAAACACAUCGUGUUGUUUUUUAGUAGUGAUGUUCUAUUACCACUGAUUUAUCGUCUUCUGUUUGUUUUCGUAAGUUUGUAGAGCUCACUGUGGGUGUAUUGGAAGUCCUGAAGAUGCUUAAAGACCUAGAAACACCUCGUGGUGAUUCAAUGACAAAUUCAGCAAGAACCUGUCGUGAAAUUAUGCUCCUGAAUGAUUCGCUUCCUGACGGUAAUAAGGGCUAGUGAAAAAAUCAAUUAAAAGUCCUUAGUUUAAGCAGUCAGCCAAAUAUCUCAGGUGUUUAGGUGGUUGAGUGAUUUAUCCAGCGGACUGUGGAUCAAGACGAGGACCCGGUAGGGUCGAAUCUGAGAGCUGCGUCGCCGUUUUAAACAAGAAACUUUUCAGCGCUUUUUUUAACCCUUCAGGGGCCCGUUUCUCGAAAGUCCCGGUAAUUUUUGCGGCCCUUAAAACUGUUUUAUGUUUGCCGUGUUUGCAUUCAAGAUCAAAGUUUCUAUAAUUUUGAAAAUGAAAAUAAUCAGUUAACAAAGCAAAAUUGACCGGAUUGUGAGCUAGCAACUGUGCUACUAUUCAACAUGUUUUGAGUUUAAAAUUUGCCUUAGAGCCUGAAAAGUUGUACCAGGCCCUUCGAGAAACCCUAGCCCUGGUUGUUAAAACUUUGAACAGCUCUAUCCACCGCUUAAAUCACUAUCCUACGGAUAAGUAUUAGAGAAACCAAUUGCGUUACCCCUGUGUAGUGAUUUAUCCGGUGAAGAGCGUUAUCCACCCCUUUGGAUAACUAGCACCAGGUGUAUGGAUAAGAAUUGGCGGCUUACCACUGAGGAAACCCUACCUCGGAUGGCGUAGCGUCCCAUCUAGGGUCUGUUGUUGUAUUCUUACGGAUACUUCCUGCGACUGAUGAAACUGGAAUAAUCCCAGUCGGGCCUCGUCUUGCUUCGGUAUGUUUGUGUCAUUUAGUGAAAUCCAAUUAGUGGUCUAUUAUCAAUGCUGCGUUCUGAUUGGUUGAGCUACUACUAGGCUAUAUGCUAUAGCCUACUAGUAGCAAAAAGCGCGGGCUUUUUGGCGGCAAAAAAGGAUUAAAGUGUAGCUUUAACUAGCUAAAAUUUUUUUCGUCUCGAUAUUUUUGACCAACUAGUUGGAUUUUACUAAAACAAUUAUUCCUCUCACCCUCAUGGCCUCUGAGUCAAUAGCCCAUUCGUCCUUCGGCCUCAUGGGCUAUUGACUCAGAGCCCAUGAGGGCGAGAGGAAUAAUUGUAAAAUAUCCGUACGAACCUCCACUAAAAAAAAAUGGGAAAAACAAACAAACUACCGUGACUUUGGACACAUUUCUUUCACUUUCAGGCAAGUAUUGGCUUGAUCCAAAUGGAGGAUGUUCAGAAGACGCUUUUCAGGCAGAGUGCAAGUUCACUAAAGGAGGACAAACAUGUGUUUAUCCAAAGCAACAGCAGGUUGACUAUUUAUGAUCCAAUCUUCUUUGCAUUUCGGUCUAGCUUGUUUAGAGUGAUUUUAAAAUCCGUGAAACAGUAUAUGACGAUAGGUAAAAAAAAACACUGAAAUUAGAGCACUGCGUAUUAGUCUACUAUCUAUUUCACUGCUUAAGGAAAAUCACUCUUAAUGGCUUAUCUUAUCACCUAAAGGCGUGAAUAUAACAGCAAUAUUUUCCAUUGAGAUGAAUAGGGCGCUAACUCACGCCACUAUCAAUAGUAAAUAAGAGUAACAAAGCCGUUGAAGAAAGGUGGCCAAUUACGGUACACUUCAAAAGGGUUCUUUUUUUUUCUUUUCUUUUUAUUCACCUCUUGCUCACCAAUUUUUUUUAUAACGUUAUUUCACAUUUUCAGGGUGAUGUUUUGAAGGAGACUGCAAAGGUACAUUUUUUCUAGAUAUUUUCAGCAAUAAUUUGAAGACUAAUAUUUGUUACAAUUUCGAGCCAAAGUGUAUCGGAGGGGAAAAUUCUCACUAAUCCCAAACGCUUGGAACAGAAGAAUAACGUCAUGAAGGUGAUGCAAAAUAAUGUCGUGAAAGCGAUCAAUAUGUCUCCAGUUUUUCCUUUCAAAGAGAGUGGGUACGAUACAGUGAUCCCAGGACAGAGUCGCCCAGCCGAGUCAACUGGGGCGAGCGUAUUCGCCACUUUGAGGUUGCGCGGGAGACCGGGUCAAGAUGGUUGUCAAAGUGCAUUGUGGGACUGUUUUGGGAGACGCAUUUUCAACAUGGCGGCAAUUUUGUCCCCAAAACAGUCCCACAAUGCACUUUGACAACCAUCUCGAUCCGGUCUCCCGGGCAACUUCAAAGUGGCGAAUAUAUGAGAAAAAAUGUUGACCCUUUGACCGAAUCAACAGCACUCGGGCGUGCUCUGAUUGUCUAAAACAUCGCCAGUGCAUGCUCUGAUUGACUUGCCUUGAACGAGUUGAUCCGGCUUAGCGAGCCAAAGUGUUUAAAGAAAAACGUUUGCCCGGCUAGGAGGGUGAAGCCUACCAUCGAAAAAGGGUGACCCGACUAGGCGAUGCAGAGAUCUCUCACGCACAGUUGAUAUCUCUCAUCUUCUGAAUAACAAGAAGAAAAACCGCGUUUUAAAUGGCAUUUGUGUAUCGUUUCUAUUUUUUUUUACGUAUAUUUUAUUAAUCUCUUGCUCUGUUGUAGUUUUCCUACGAGGCCAGUCCCACGCAGUUCAAGUUCCUUCGUCUUUUGAGCAAGAAAGGCGUCCAGAAAGUCUCUCAUGAAUGCGUCGACUUUAAAAAUGACUUAACAAUAUCGAGUUUUACCGGGCAAAAGAUUUCCACGGAACACUCCAAGUGUAAGGUAAGCACAUGCGCAAAAGUUGAAGCCGGUUUCAUGUAAAGAUUCCUUACCUCUACCUUUGUGUUCCCCAAAGAUGGGAAUGUGCUUUCAAAUAAGAAGCCUUUAUUUGCGGACUUUUUUCGGUCCAUUAGGUCGGCCUUCGCUUUUCCUUAUUUAGGGAUUGAAAUUUCUUAUAGUAAUACUAGACAGCUUUAGAUUCGAGGACGAGGACGACUAUGAAGACGAGAUUUGACAUAAGUUUUUUUCGCGUAUUCUAAAACAAUAAACAAACCCGGAAAGUUUCAUUUUACUUUUUUCACCAAAAUUGUUGGCAGGGUUAUUUCUGUUUAAGGAGGUUAAGCCCUUUUCGUAUCGCAAAAUGAUAAACCUUGUAACAUUUGAUAACUUGCGUCCGUCACUAUGACAAUCAUUUUCGCUAAAACCCAUAGUAGAAUAGACCUCUUUAGGUUGUAUGUUUUGUUUUCCCAAUAACAGGUCAUGUGAUAAUACCCUAGAGAACUGUUUCUUUCAAAUUUCGUCUCAUUCACGUGCAUAUCUACGCAUAAAUUGUGAGAAGACAAAGGGUUAAGUUCCUGAGACCUCUAUUAGGAAAACAAAACAUACAAGCUAAAAAGGCCUAUUCCGCCGGCGGCUAUCGCGUCAGUUUUCCCGUCAAAAUGACGCGGUAUCACGCGCCCGCACUACAUAGUAUUGAAAAAAUUGUUCCCGUUGUCGUCCUAGUCGUAGAUUCUAAGGGACUCUUCCUUAAUUUCCUGGUAAAUUUACAUUCCUUUUUUUUCAGCGCGGCCAGAGACAAGUGCACGCCAUCGACAAAAAGGAAUUGCUACCGCUGAAAGACGUCUCCACCUUGAACCAACAGCCAAUAAGAUUCAAGCUCGGUCCGGUCUGUUUUCAAUAAUUUAACCAUUCAGUUAUAACAUUAUGUUGCUUUAGAAUUAUAAAUACAUUUUGUAAGAACAGGAUUAAUAUAUGGUAUAUUAGAAAGCGAGAAGUGAAAAAGAAAGGACUCACAGUUUCGUCCCUUUUUGUGUUGGCAUAGAUAUAUUUUACUUCUAUAAAAGUAGGCUUGUUCGCAUGUUAAAAAAGCAGACUUUUAACAUGCUAAAAAAUAUCUGUAUUAUCAUUUUUUAUACUUUUAGAGUAAUGUUUAAAUUUUGUUGCCUUUCCGUAUGUGUAGGACGGUUUAUAAAAUUAAACUCACUACAGUGAAACCUCUAUUCACCUCUACUCAAGGGAAAAAAAAUUUGGUCCCGGAAAAAUGUUCACAUAAUCUUUGUAUCUUUUACCUCUAUUCAGGUACCCUG